AGUUGACCAAUUAAGGCUCUGAGUGAGAGAGGAGCGGCGCACGAACAUCUCUCUCUCUCUGUCCUUCAGUCACCAGUUAAACUUGUACACCCAUUUCCCUCCACCGGGACUGCGCGUGGGGCGGGAGGACCGGGACCUCUGUGCAGCACACACACCCACACACACACAGGAACACACCCUCAGAGAGCAGAGAGAGCGCAGAGUCACCGGAGCAGCGGAGGACCGGAGCGCAUGUGAGUACGGACAGAGGCUGAAGCUCCUCUGCUGAGUCUGUGAGUCUGUGAUUGAGUUUCGGCUCUGUACUGUGAUGGGAGAGCGUGUAAUAGAGAGUUCUGACUGUGAUCGUGUUUGGGGCUCUGUUAGGACCGGAGGAGGAGCGGCAGACUCGGUGGAGAGAGUCCCGGAGAGUCCGGUCCUCUCCCCGGGUGGUUUGCUGCUGCCACACCUCACGCGCUCUCCUCUCUCUCAGUCUGUGGAGUUUGUGUUGGAGUUUUGGAGUCCACGGCUAGUUCAUGUGUCAGUCCGGUCACCGUGUGUGAGUGUGUGUGAGUCAGUCAGGUGAUGUUAACCUGUCCGGCUCGUCCAUCACCUCCUUCUGUCACAUUAACUUUGUUUAUGUGCCAACGCGCACGAGCACAGCCCCUCCGCUGCUACAGCUCCGCGUGCGCUGCAGCUGUAGCAGCAUCUCGGUGCAACAAUCAGGGGCUCCGAACCAAAUAAGGUAAAACACGGACACCAGAGCUCAGCACCGGGGGGCAGAGCGGCGGCCGCGUGCGCCCUCCGCCGCCGGGAGCGAGUCUCACACCGGAGGGCCGCUGCGUUCAUGAGCGCAGGGUUUGAGUGUCAGCAUGUUAGGAUGUAUUUUACCUGCUCUCAUAGCUAAAGGUGAUGUAGAGGUGAAGCUGUCAGACCCUCACAGAUCCUCCUGUUGUGUUUCUGAUGAAUCGUAGAAAAAGAUGAAGAGGUUUAAUGAUAAAUCGCUCAAAGACAAGUUUAUUAUAGAGCUCUGUUAGAGCAACUCAAAGAGCUCUAGAGUGAAAACAAUCAGAAAAUGAACAACAUAAAGAAACAUGCAAAAUAUAUUAACAUACAAGAUGAUUAAAGAAAGACACUGGACAAAUAUAAGAAAUCAAAAUAUUGGAAAUGAUUUUAAAAUAUGGUGAUAACUCAAAUUAGAGGUCAAAUAAUGAUCUGUCUGGCUAUUGGGGGAUGAUGAUGACCAUUUGGAUGAUUUUGUUUGGGCUCCAAACUUAAGCAUUAGCAGUACUAUAUCCUUUAAAGAAAGGUCUGUCUCUGCUACAGGGGUGAUGGUCUGUUUUACUCAUCACUCUGGCUCUAUUAUCAUGUUUCACCAACAACCACUCUGACUGUAACUGCGACAGGUCAGAACAUGAAAAGGUAAACAGUUCUCAGAGAUAAGAAACAUGCUUUUGUUGCAUUUUACACUUUCAUGAAAGACAUUAGGCAUUAAAGAGUAAAGUUUUUUAGAUGGUGAGUCAGUCUAUAUUCUGACAGACUUUCAUUUUUAAUGUUAGUCGGGUCCAAGUAAAGAUAAUUAGUCUCAUAAAGUAUCAAUAAUCAGUGUUAUAUCAGUCCUUUAAAAACAAUAUUUGUUGAUCUCUAACUAAGAUGUGAAACUGACUCUGUGUGCCUGUGAAUGUUUAAGUGCUCUGACUACAGAGUCUGGUCCUGAUGGACGCAGAUUCACCUGCUGGUCUGACCUUAAUGUAAAUGAAUCCUGUCAGGCAGUCCACCACAGAUCAACUUGAUCAGCUCAGAUGAUGAUAAUGAUGAUGAUGAUGAUUUUUGUUGGAAAACUUGAAAAUAACAGACUCAGGGACAUUUUAUGUUAAAAUCAUCUUUCAAAUACACCGACUGCAACAUCAGAUUGAUACAGUUCAGGGUGUUUAAAAUGAAAGUAAAGAGAGGAAAAGGAUAUAAAAGAACUGAGUUUUAAUAACAACAGUAUAAAGAUUACAGAGGUUUAGCCGGGAUGAUGAAACAGGAUUAAAGAUAGAGCAGACAGCAACAAUAAGAGUGCCAAAUACAGCAGUGUGAAUCAUUCAAAUGAGGCUGAAACAAAAAAAUAUUUACCAUACCAUACCAUACCAUACAGGUCAUUAAGUUCUUAUGUCUCGAAAAUUUUGUUAAAAAACUACAUUUGAUUUUGCUUUUUAUAUUUUGUCUGUAUUUUUCUUACCUGAAACAUUUUACAUCAUCAAAUAUCAGAAUCAGAAUAUCUGUAUCAUCCUGUUUUGUAGGAAGCAGUAUCACAACCUUCACAGACAUCAGAGACAAAUAAUAACACACUAAACUGAUGGAAAAGAAGAUGGAAAUAGAUAAAUAUAGCAAAUAAGUAUGCAUGACUGGAGCAGGAUCUGCAGCCAGAUGGAUGCAACAGAAACUUUCCAGAUUCAUGUUUCACACCAUAAGAAACUAAAACUGCAAAAGAGACUCUAAGUGUCUGAUAGUUCAGCUGAUAUCAUGGUGUUUAUGAGUGUGCCCGGUAGAUCCGACAAUGUGUGUGAAUCCUGAAUUAAAUCAUGCUAAGGUGUAAGUUUCUGCUCUUUUCAAACUUUUAUUCUUUAGGACUUCAAACUCGAGCAGUCACAGUGAUGUUUUGACCCUUUUCUGGAUAUUGAGGUCAUGAAAUUCCUGCACACGCUUGCUUCAUCUAAAUACACAGCAGAGAAAUGUGUGUGUGUGUGUGUGUAUGUGUGUGUGUGCGCUCCUGAUGUUUACUGACUCUGCAGAGUUAUAACAUCUGAGGUGUAAGAAGAUGUAAGCGUGCAGACCAAAACUUGUCCUCAUUUGACACUCCUCAGCCUGCUUUACCCAAUAAGUGCCACCCUACACACACACACUGACAUGCACACACACACACAUAUAUACACAAACGCUGUCUGCCGGAAAUAGAGGGUGAAGCCAGAACUUUGGUGCAAUCUGUGUAUUUGACUCUAUCUUCCACCACAUACCGCCCAUUGUGUGCUUUUUAGUGUGAGUUUCUAUAUGAGUGUGUGUGUGUGUGUGUGUGUGUGUGUGUGUGUGUGUGUGUGUGUGUGUGUGUGUGUGUGUGUGUGUGUGUGGUUAACAGUGAGCAUGCAGUGCUGAUCACACUUCCUCUGCUUGCUCAGAGGCCGUGGGUGUGGUGGUGGUGAUGAUGAAGAGCUGUCUGUACCUCAGGUUGGCUCUGGUGGAUAAUUCUGUUUAUUCAGUGAGUGUAAAAUUGAAUCUAAUCCAACAUUUACCUGUCCUAUUCAUCACUGUAUCAACAGUUAUCUGAUUAUCACACAGCUCCAGUCCUUCACUUUAGUAAAUGCUACUGUGACAAGCUCUUGAGUUAAUCCGAUAAGCUUCACUGUCAUGAAAUGUGAUAUUUGUUUAAGUGCAGAUCUGCACUUAAAGCUCCUGUGAGUGAUUUUAUUUGGUUAUAAAACAGACUGAAAUUGAAACUGGUGCCCCUUUCUAGACUAAAAAUAUAAACCUAAUCAGUAUAAAGGUUAUUCAAUUACACUGUAAAAUUUAGAUAAUAUUGAGGCUGUAAUUUUUUCACAAAAUCAAAUUUGAAGGAAUAUCAGAUGUGACGUGCUGCUGUUUGAAUGUUUGACCUGAAACUGUUAAAUCCUCUGUCUCUAUGAGGAAAAUUAAGUUUGGUGCAACUUUUAUUCCGCAUUGUACAGCAGUUUUUAAUGCUUGCGCUCACUGCAGAGGGUAGAGGUCCAGCAAAGUAAAUAACUGCUAUCUGCUCAAAACUAACUUCUGAAACACCUAGGUUAGAUUCUUAAUCAGUGAUAGGUUUCACUUUUUUAUGAAGGAGAAAGAAGAUUUUAGUUUGAAAAAGACACAAGUGACUCAAGUAUAGCCCAAAAUCAGAAAAGUGAUAUUGCUUUUUCCACUGUGGCCGCCAAACAUGACACAAACUGAGAGUUGCCCACAGGAGCUAAACAAUAAAAUCACAGACCUAAAAUAGCUAAUAAAAUAAAGGGUAGGUCAUUGAUUUUGCUGGUGAGUGGAAAAAAAGUUUUGUCAGAAAAAAACAAAAAAAAAAUACAAUACAUUUACAGGAGAAGAUCACUAAGGAAUUAGGGGUGUCAGUUUGUCCACUGGGGGCGCCAAAUCCGCACAGACAGAGUGUUUCUUACAGGAGCUUUAACAGAGAAUAAAAACCUCAAUUUAAGUCUAUUAAAAUCUUUUUUGGGGCUCAGAUUUGACUUAUUUUCUCAUUACUUUACUGACACACAAACUCUGCAGAAACAUGAGCUCCUCUAAACUCUCUCCUCGUCUCACUGAGCCGCUCGAUGAUCCAGGAAAUGAAGCUCGUUCUGCCAUUUCUCUCUCUGUUAGUUUUGGCUGAAGGUCCUGAUGUGGAUUAAAAUUUAUUACUCAGUCCUCCAGCUGUUUGGACCAGAGUCCAUAAACCUCAACAGCACUCAGGUCCUCUCUCUGCGCUCACAUGAUGCUUUUUAAAGAUAUUUUUUAAAUGUCUGGACUCAUGUUCUCGCUCCUUCUUACAUAACUGACCUUUUAAUCCCAGAUGUACUGUACUCAGAGGAGACCUUUAAACGAGGAAGUUUUUCUACUCAGAACAUUUAACAGCACAAUAAGGAUAUAUAUAUAGGCUUAUACAAUAAAAUAUCAGAUAUUAAAAACUAUGAGAGCAACAGGAUAUACAGCUACUGAGAGAACAGAGUCUCUGCAGCACUUUAUCCAUAAAGAGGGAUUUCAGUUAGCUUCAUCAAAACAGAAGGUAGGUCGGUCGGUCGGUCGGUCGGUUGGUCAGUCGGGAAUAUAGGAUAGAUUGGUUGGAUAGGAUGAUUGAUAGGUUGGUUAAUUAGCCAGGUAGAAAGUUCAGCAGGUAAGUUAUUUGGAAUAAGGGAAGUUAGGUAGGUAGUUAGGUAGGUAGGUAGGUAGGUAGGUAGGUAGGCAGGAAUAUAGGAAGUUAGUCGGAGAGGGGCAGAGUAGAAAGGAACUGUGAGGAAAAGUGUUGAAGCUGGACGGAAGGUAAGAUAGAGGUGAGGGAGGGAAUAAGGGACUAAAAUGGACACGUAGGUAGGUAGGAAAGUGGGUAGGUUGGGAAGGAGGUGAAGAAGGUUACAGAAAAACUAGGUAAGUGGGUUGGUAGUUUUGUUAGGGGAUAGGUAAGGAGGUAGUUGGGGAGGAAGGGCAGUGCAGUGGAUAGUACAGAGAUGUCACAGAGCGAGCAUGGAGCUAGGUGGGAGGAAUAUAGAUGGGUAUAGUGCAGGCUCACACAGUCACAGCAACCACAGUUAUGACACCAAAUCAAACUCUGAACAUAAAAGAGGGAAAUUGAAUCUGGAUUUUUUUGGCCUUUGGGAAACUGUGGUGUCCAUGACCCACACUUUUUGCUGUUUAACAAACUCAAGGAUAAACCGAUUCAUGAUAAAAAUGAUAAUAAGUGCAGAGGUAGUUUACAGACUGAGACAAAGUUAGUGUGAAUAAGGUGUUGAUAAAAGCACAUAAAAACCCGAGAAACAUUCGGAGAAGCUGAUGGAUGCAGUACCAUCAUAGAACACUAGAGAGAGCCAGAGGAGCAGAGAGCUCCCUCUGACUCACUGUAACGUGUCCUCAGCUCCCUCUGACCCGCCCUGGCUGGGUCUGCUGUUUAUUUGACAAAUUCCUGUGAAACAAUGGACAGAAACUCAGGGAACAUUUUAACACUUAACUCGUUUAUUCUACAAACAGCAUGGUAGACUCUUUAGCAGGCUUUUUUUUCUAUUAAUUCAACAUUUUGUGACUUACUUUUUGUUUCUUAAUCCUUCUGUGCAGCAGACUCCCCCACCCUGCCUCCUAAAGUCAUGAGUAUUCAUUAUAUUUAAAUGAUCAGCUGCUUCAGGUGAAUUAAAAACUGUGAAACUAUAGGAACUAUUCUCCUACAGACACUCCUAAAUCUGUUCCUUUGUUUGAAACACACAGUGGAUGUUAAAACAAGCUGCUGCCAGUGUGUGUGUGUGUUUGUGUCUGCUUGUGUGCAUCUUGCAUUAAUGGGGCUCUUUUAUAGAGGGGUUAUUAAGGUGGGGGGGCUCCGGGGUUGUUUUGGGGGUGAGGGGCAUUCCUCAGAUUCUCCCUUGACCAGACACACACGCACACACUCGCCCACACUCACACACACAUGCACACUCUUUCUCUGUGGCUCCUGGCACUGAGUCCUUAUUUAGUCAAAACGCUGUAGAGUCACAUCUCUGCUUGUCUCUGUUACUUUCUCACAGAGAAGAAGAAUGCACAUGAACAUACAUGCCACUCGGUUUAUUCAUGCAGAAGAAAAAUCUCAACACGUGAUCUCACAUGUUCAGUCUGUCAUGUUAAUGGUCACAGCUGCGCACACUCUUACAAAGCUAAAAAAUGAUCUGAUUAUUUUAGUUUUGGAGCAGCAGAGGUGGAAAUAUUGUGACUUUUUGUCUCUCUCUAAAUUAAGCUUUAAAAGCCUCCACUUCCCAUAAUGCAACUCAACUCUAAAACAAUUAGAAUUAACUGAACAAUGUUUCAAACGCAAUAAUUCUCAUUUUCUCAUAAAUUUAUGAAAUCUGAAGAUUCCUCUGUGCUGCAGACUCUUGAAUACUGACGUUGUUAAUACUUCAACCAUAGUUGAUAGUUGCGUAACCAUGGCAACCAUACAAACCUCAAUGAGGGGAACAACUGUAAUGUAGACCUAUUGGAGUUCCCCUGAUUGAAUCACAUGCAGAGAGCACACAGAUGAGUGAAGGGAAACAAUGAAGUCCUAUCAUCAUGACAGGAACAGAAGACUUCAUUAAUGACUGUAUUUAUUCUGUCUUCUAACUGAUAAUUUCAAUCAUUUCUUUUGAUUUAAUGAUCUCUCAUCAUGUUGGUGAUUAAACUGAUAGAAUACAGACUGAUCCACAUGUGAGCUGCAGGUUAGAAAAUAUAAUGUCCUUAAAACAGACUCCUGUUUGUUUGAACAAUUUUAACUUUACAAUUACUCAGAUAUUAUUUUGGUGUUUAGUUUUUCCUAUAGACUGUAGGAGUUGUUUUUUACCUGGCACCUAUAAAGUGCAGAUAACUGCAGUUCUUUAGAUGUCCACUAGAGGCAGUGUGACUGAGUUAAUCUCAUUAAAGCUUCAUGUUAAAAUGUGACAUACACAUAUUUACAGCCUGGUACACAAUAAUAAUUGAUUCAAAAUCUAAAUCAGAUGCCUCUUUUUCCUGGAUGACCCCUCUCACUCAUCCUCCCCGUUUCCCCCAGCUCCAUUUGUUAUAUGGAUUCUCGCUGAUGCUGCUCUGAUCAGUACCUCAGGGUCUUUGCUGAUGCUCUCUUUGCCUUUGCUUUUCAUUUAUGGAAAUCACUGAAUAGAACUCACUGUAUUUUUACCUACCUCUUACUUCUGCUGUAAAGUUGGACAUUUAAACAUGAGGCUCUAUGGGGACUGACUCACUAAAGGAGACAGCAUCUAGUGGGCAUGAAAGGAACUGCAGUUUUUGCACUUCCAUCUUGGCUUCAUUUUUAACCCAGAGGUUGCUGCUUACUUUUCCUCUUUACCAUUAUUAUUAUGACCUUUAUUUAACCAGGUUAGUCUCAUUGAGAUCCUCUCUUUUCUAAGAGAGACCUGGUCAAGAAUAGCAGUACACAAAAUUUACAAAUAAUCAUAUUAAAGAUAAUUAAAUACAGUACAAAUAACAAAUUGGAAUUAAUUUUAUUACUACAAGUAAUAAAUAUACCUUCAAUACCUGAGCUUUUUUUAUAUUUGCCAGUUGUGAAAAUCUUUUAAAGAAAUACACUGUGUGCAGCAGGAUCAUUCUGUGAUGAGUAAAACAAAACUGAACCUGACUUCGAUUUCACUUUGUCGGAUUUGUUUAAAAUCUUCCACAUCUUUUCAGGCUCUGCUGUAAAUAUUAAAACUUGUAAGGAAGGGCGAACUUUCUCCAGACAGCUGACACUGCCUAUCUGUCUCUCUCUCUCUUCCCUUUCAUGCUGCUUUUAAGGCUGAAUAUCAGCAGAUGCAUCCAUAAAACUUCACUGGAUGCUUUUUAGAAUACUAAACAAAUUCAUUCUGCAUCUGUAAAAUACUCAGAAUAUCGUUAAAACACAGAUGUCUCACCUUUGUGAAGAUAAGAUUGCACACACUCAGGUCACACUUAUAAACACACUGAUUUAGACUCUUUGAUGUCAUUGCUCAGACUCUCACACACAAACAAACAAGACAGACUGACCUUUAGAGGAGGCUCACAUCCCUCUGGACAGAUCAAAUAUUUAUCCUCUGUCUCCUGGGAGCAAAAACAUGAACAUGAGAUGAGAUCACUGUGUUAAAAAGGAGGCUGAUCAUCUGCUGAAACAGUCAGAGCAUCACUGCAGACAGGCUGGAGGAAGUGGAGGGAUGCAGAUUUAACAUUUGCAGCUUCUUAAACUUAGAAAGAAACCCUGAAACACACGUUCACUCAAACAGUGUGUUUUUAUUUCAGUUUGCUGUACAGUCGCAGCUAUAAAAGCAUCACUCUGGACACUUUUACAGUUCUUUGGGUGAAAAUGUGUGGAGGAUUUUCCUCCCUCUGCUUCUCCCCCACAGCUCCAGUUAGUCUGAAGUUAAUGGCUGCCAUCUUUUACUCUGAGUCAAGUGUGACUCAUUGUUUUUUUGGACAUGAAAAAGUGUCUCACAUGCAAACAUAUCAUCAGUUUGAUCCACAGUGACUCCCUUUUCUGCACCAACCUCCUCCUCUUUGCAGAAUCUCUGUCUCCGGGCUAUAAGUCUCUCUUUCUCAUGUUCUCUCCUUCUUUCUUCUCCUCUUCCUCUCAGACUCAGACAGCUAACACAAGCGAGAGAGAGAAAGAGGGAGCGGCCACGCAGAGCUGAGCAGACUCCACCCAGAAACGCAGCCAGCGAACCGAGAGACAGCCGAGCCCAUAAAAAUGAGCGGAUCACACCCCCGGCUCCACCAGAGCGCCGCGCCCGCUUCUAACGCUCUCUCAGCGGACAAGGACGCAGAAAUGCCCGCUACGGAGAAGGACCUGGCCGAGGACGCGCCGUGGAAGAAGAUCCAGCAGAACACGUUCACUCGUUGGUGUAACGAGCACCUGAAAUGCGUCAACAAGAGGAUCGGGAACCUGCAGACGGACCUGAGCGACGGGCUGCGGCUCAUCGGGCUCCUGGAGGUCCUGUCCCAGAAGAAGAUGUUGAGAAAGUACAACCAGAGGCCCACUUUCCGCCAGAUGCAACUGGAGAACGUGUCGGUGGCUCUUGAGUUCCUGGACAAGGAGAACAUCAAGCUGGUGUCUAUAGGUGAGUCCCUCUAAAGAGUCUGCAGAGAGUGAGUGAGUGAGUGAAUGAAUGAGAGCUAACUGUCCUCAGAGUCCUCUCCUUCAGACAGGUGAUCUCCUCUGAGUCUGCACAAGUUUAAACCUCCUCUUUAGAAAAGUUCAGUCAGACAAACAUACAGUGUUAGAGGGUUAAAGGAGGGUGCAUGUGUUCAUGUGUGCAGAGUUAAAUAAAGUUGAGCUUGAUCCUCAGAGGGGAAACUUUAGUCCUCUAAGAUAAGAGCUCAGCAGAGGGGUUUCAGGGAGUAACGGGCGUCUCCUGCUGUCCUUGGUUGCACAGCUUUUGUCUCCUUUUGCUUGUUUUGGGAGGAGGUGGUCUGCCUGCAGAGGGGCCCCCGGCUCUCUGAGUUCCCCUGCUGCCUGAGCCGGGCCGGGCCUGGUCAAACUCUGUGGGCCGGGAUGUGAUUCAGGCCUAGUGGGACAGGAGGGCUGCACACACACACACGCAAACACACACACACACACACACAUAGAGGGAGACACAGGGCUAUUGUCUGUGCUCAUGUCGUGCAGAGGGGCGGGGGGGCUCAGCAGCAUUAGACAGGACUUGGCUCACACUCAGUGACAUAAAACUGGGUUUAACGGGGCUCUGCCUGCAUGCAGCUGCCUGCACACUCACAACACACUCAGUUUGAGGCAUUUAUCGGACUCACAGUGAGUUUGGGAUCAGCUGUGGAGAAUAUAACACUCAGGGUGAUGCAAAGCUUCAGAUGCAAACUCUUCUCAGAAAGUUUGUGACAUUGUAGAGGUCACUGAGGAGUCUUAUAUGUGCGUUAAUCUAAUCCUGCUUCACCCAGAGUUGACGUUGCAUUAGUGAACCUAUCAGAUGUGUCACUUUACCCACACCUGGAUUAGAGUGAGACACCGGUCCCUCUGUGGUAAAAGCCUUUAUCAGCAGACUCUAAGCUCUGAUGGAGAGGAAGAGGCCUGUGAGUGUGUGUGAGUCACUGAUGAGUGUGUCUGUCCUGCCCAGCUGGAGGGGAGGGGUGUGUGUGAGUGUGUGUCUGGAUCAAUUCAUGGUUUCCACACACUCGUUCCUGCAGCCAACAGGUGAGCUGGAGGUGGAGACAGAAGCUUAUAUCAAUAAAAACUCUCAAAACAUCCCCUAGCAUGCACCAAUCAUUUUCUCAGACAUCUUUUAUAAGGCGGUUAAUUGUCAGAUACAAAGCUCUCACCCCAUCCAUGAAACAGAUGCUUUUUUUUCCACCUCCCUGACUCUGAUAUCAGCUGAUUAUUAGAGCAAACUCUGCUGGGCUGGUAUUCAGAGUGCACAAUGAGCCGCCCUGGUCAGCACUCCGUGUGUCCAUCUGUCCGUCUGUCUGGUCCUGCAGCUGACUCACCCUCACCCUGAAUGCUCUUCUUACUCAUGUAAUCUGAAGAUGAGAGGGGAGUUCUCUCGCCUCUUCUACUUCCUCUUUCCGUAGCAGAAAGUGGGCACACCCAGCAGCAACCCUCACCACAAAUUACCAAACUGCCAUCAGCUCUCUCCUCCUCCUUUCUGCUUCCUUUCACCAGAACAAUUUAAAGCUUUACUUUCACAAUAUUUCUGCCGUUUCUGACAGAGUUGACUUCUUACAUUUCCUGUCUGUAAAUCUUCACGUCCAGUCCUUUUUUUCUUUUCAUUCUUGCAGAAAAGUAACAAUCAUUGAGAUGCAAGAGCGCCCAGAGUUACUCAAGAUCAGCUGGUAGUUCACUCCACCCUUUAUGUAGAGUAGUGACAAAAACAUUUCUGAAAGGACUAAAUAUUCAGCCUUUAAAAGUAUGGAUUUUGUCAUUCAGAUUUUGAACAUUCAGAAAACAAAUGUCAUUGAUGGAGUGAUUUUUGGAAAUGUGGAAAUACAGAGGUAAAUCUAAAGGUGAGUCAGCAGCUACUUAUCUUAGCUUAGCUUAGCUUAACAACCGGAUACAAGAGUCAAAGUGACAACAACUGUCCACAAUUUAUUAACCCCUCCAGGCAUUGUGGUCACUACAGUGGGCUGCUGUUUGAAAGCUACUUUCUGCUAAAUGCUCGGGUUUCCACUGAGUGUAGCUAUAGAUCAAGUCAAUAUUAAAGUCAGGCUUGAUACUGAACUGGCUUAUGUAUAUAUUUUUUAUAAUAGCCAGUAGCUGUUUGAGGUGAUAUAUGCUGUCAUUGGCGAUUAAGGGAAGUGUGCCUCCAUUUAGGAAAGAUAAUGAUCUUGUGAAGGCUGACGCUGAUAUAAAACUGAUUGGGGCCAAUAAUUGGAAUGAUGAAUCAGACAAUUCAGGAGGUAUUUUUUUACAACAUCAAAAAUAUAUUAGGGAGCAAAGUAAAAUUUCUCAAACACUGAUUUUACAUUUAGAAAAAGAUCAUGAUAAACUGUCAAUAUUUCAGUGAUAGUUAGCCCAUUGUUAAAUUUGAGACUUUUCUAUUUUGGAAAAACUUUUUGUAACUUUUUCUGUAAAUCACCUGAUUUAUUAAUUUAAACUGUAGCCAGCAGAAAAAACAAACAAAAUCAAAACAUUUUUAUUCAAAUAUUCAAGUCGGUUUCAAUUAAUGUAAGUCCAGAGCUCCAUGUAUGCUUCUCCAUGCUCACUCUGGAUCAGCGCUGUCUCCUGUCCAUCAUGAUUACUUCACCAGCUCCUCAGUUGUCAUUCACGCUGCCUCUCCAGAUGCUUCACGUCAUUGUUAUGCAAAAGAACCAGGAGAGGUAUCGAUGAAGGAAACAUUACACAUAAAGGCAAAUGACGUCCACGAAUCCAAUCGGUUGAAUUCAGUUCUUGAUUCCCGUCCUCACCCCAAACCCAAUAAAACACACUGAAAAAGAGCUGCAUGUAGAAGAAUAUAGAUUUUUCUGUCUGUGCAUUGAAAAAGACAUUAUGUGCUGCAUGAAUUCACUCUAACGCUCACUUGUGCAAAAAAAAAAGCACUGAAACAUAAGAAUAAUGCCACUCGCACAUCUAUUGAAGCAAAAAUAAGUUUUUUAAAGAAACAUUUUUUUUCCUCAUGCAUGAAAGGGUUAAAAAAUAAACCUCUGCAGGAGCUCUUAAACUCUCUGUCAUCAUGUUGUAUCUCGUUUGUUUAUUCCUCACAAAAAGACAAUUAAGAAUAACAUUUGUGGUUUCUCUGGCAGCUCCAAGCCAACCUCAAUCACUUCCUGGAAGUUUCUGCAACCGGCCAAGAAAUCGUCCCCCACGCAGCCUCAUAAACUCACAGUGUGUCUUUGUUUCACCUCACGGUUUGAACCAACAUGUUGAUGGAGUCACAAAGGAGUUAAAUGGGAGAGUUGGUCAAAUUAGAUCUUCUGAUAAAAGCUCAAAAAACAGAGACAAAGUAAGAGAAAGUGUCUUUCCAUAGGCACCUAAACGACCUAGAACUACAGCACAGGGUUGUUGUCGUCAUUCUCAGCUGAUGGUGUUAAAAAUUAGAUUCAUCGUGGAAAAUGUUAAAGCUGUUUUUUAAUUAAUCACUGUAUUAUAAUUCUCUCAAAAUCAAAAAGGUCAAAGUACCUGAAUUCAUAUGAAAAGAAGAAACUAAAAACAAGACCUUAAAAAAUAACAUACACUGUGUGUGUAUGGCUGUGACUACCACCUGUGUUCAGAUGUUCAGGUAGCGGAGCAGCUGCUUGUUUACCUGCAGUACUCAACCUCACAGGACACUUCAAACUAAUGUCGCUGCUCCAGCAUGGAAGUGAAACGGCAUGGUUUAACAGUGAGCAGCGAACUUCAGCUCCGUUAUAUUCUCAAUAUUUGUGCGGAUAAAGAGAAAUGAGAUACUGAUCGAUAAAAUACUUAUCAGCAAGACUAGAGGAGUCAAUCUGAUGUUUAUUUUCCAGACUGGUUUGGCUGUGUCCGCCUAAGCUAAGUUAACCAGAGUUGACAAUGAUAACCAUUUUUCACUUCAUGAGAGGUCAGUUAACAGUCAAAUAUCUGCAGGAGUAUUUAUUGCAAUCAGAAGUCUUUAAUAUCCAGAUUUUGUGUCAAAAACUGAAGGUGAAAAAGCUUAAGAUGAUGUAGGACAGAAAAAAGACAAACGUAGCUUGGAUCAGUCCCAAGGGUAUGAGGAUUUCUUCCUAUCAACACCUCUCUGCCCAGAAAUAAGAGCCUGAGAUUAUCAUGUUGGUUUAAUCCAUGUUAAAACAACAUGUUGCUUUUUUUUGUACAGUCAGUAAAGAGGCAGACUCAGUGACCUCUUGGAAUUAUUCACACCCAGCCAAGAGACAGACCCCCACAAAGCUGCAGCGAAAACUCCAACCGUCUUUGUUACACCUCAACAUUUUGACUUCAGCUGAUUAAAAAAAGACUUUAAAUGUCUUAAGUUGAUUUUUAAAACUCAGGGUCAAACUGUGACUCCUCUGUAUAAAGGCCCAAUGCUAUGUUCAUUACCAGCAAUGAAACAGGGCAUCUGUGCAUACACAGAUUAUUAGCAUUUAUCCUCUUUUUCUCCACUGUCUACUGAAACAGCUAACAUUAAAGUGUACAGAUGUAACAUAACUGUGUAUAGUGAAUAUGAAUCAGCCGAUAAUAUGACCUGGAAAUAUGACAAUCCUUUAUAGGUCCCACAACAAGGAAAUUAGCAUUUUUGAAGCAAAGAUGCAGUUCGUAAAAAAAUAAAUGCUGUUUUUGCAACGUUAUUAUUUUAUAACACUAUGAAUUUCCUAAAAAAUCAAUAGAAUAGUCGAUUACUUAUCUGAGUAGUUUCCAUUUACUGCAGCACUAAUUCAGAUCUUCGUAUCAAGCCUUGAAAUCAGCAAAAGAGCAAAUCAGCCACUUUUGAUAAAUUUCAAACUAUUAAUAAAAAAAUGAAAUAGGAGGUUCAAUUUUAAUCUGUAUUCACUAUCUUGGACUACAAAUCUCCAACAGUCAACUCUGAACCAUAACAUAGAUCUUAAACCCUGGAUUUUAGAGGUAAAUCUUAUUAUUUAGUUCCACGAAUAGUUGUCAGCAUGAAAUAAAUGUUUACUCAGAGGCAAAGAGGACAGACUCUGUUCCCAGCCCUCUGCAGGUCAGUUUUCACAGUAAUGAUGUUUGAACCUGACAGGUAAUCCCCCUGUCUCUGCUGCACUGACCAAAGCCACAUGACCUGGCAGCAGCAGCGGCAGCAAACACAUGAUUAGAGAGAAAACUAGAGAGAGAGAGAGAGAGAGAAAGGAGUGUGUUCAGUCUGCAAAGGGACGUUAUAGUGCAGCUCUGAUUUUACAGACUCCCUCCAUCUGUAGUCUCUGGUCUCUCUGGUUGCAGAAGUGUUUUCAGGUAUCUUCACCUCCUCAUCUCGACCUCUGUGAGGACAGUAUGUUUUUUGCAGCCACAGCUGAUGAACAUUUUCCACUCUGCUCAUCGCACCCAUGUUUGAACACGCUCAAUCAUCUCACCUGGCAUCCUUCUGUCUGUGUGUGUGUGAUGAGGCUCUAACACACACUCUCUGUUCAGUGAUGUCUCUGUACAUGUGCAGUUCUGUGUCAGCCUGUCGUCAGCAGCAUCUUUAAAAACAUGUCUUUAUCUGAGCAGUCUGUGGAAACGCAUCAAUCGUCCUGUCGUCCUCCGGUAAUGUAGCAUGAUAAACGCACCAUGCAGCAGCAGCAGCUCUACAGUGUGUGUGUGAGUGUGUGAGUGUGUGUAUCUGUACCUGUUGAUCCGUCACUCUGCCUGGAGCUCAGACGUGCAGGUUGAGACAGACGCCUGUGUGGCAAUAGCCAUCCGUCUCCUCCUCUGACGGUGUUACAUAACAAUGAAAUGUGCUCAGUGUUGGUGAGAGGAGGUGAUAAACCUGCAGAGGUGAUCCUCUUCCUGUUAGGACACUGAGUCUGAGGAUGAGACCUGCACCCACCCUACUUUAUUAAGAGUGGUCUACCCAUCAACUUCCAUAGAAAUAAAAUGAAUCCUUGUGGAUUAAAAUAAAUAUGAUUAAAAACCUAAAAUCUGUCCUUCUGCAGCAGCCAUGAAGGUAACAUGUACUGAUGCUAGACGGUCCUCAAAGAAUCUGGUUUCUAGAAAAGUUUUUGUUCUUUUUAAAGCUCCUCUAAGGAAUUUCAGUUCGUGUCAGUUUUGCCGCCCCCUGUCGAUAAAUCAGACAUUACUUCCAUCUUCUACAAGCUUAAGUAGCUCAUCCUGCUGACCUUUUAUAUUGAAUUGUAUCAUUUAUUGUAAAUGUCUUAUGUAAGGAUUGUUAAACAAGCUGAUUCUUUAGCUGCUCGACUGACAGGCAUUAAAAAGUAUCGGACGGUAUAAAAGUUGUUGAUAGUCUUUUUUGAAAAGGACUCAUGAUGGGUUUUAGUCAGUUACGUAGAUGUCAAAAGAAUCCCCAGGAUUCAAGAUAAGGUUUGAGUGUCUCGGCCUUGAUUUAGAGAGGAUAGGACAAUGAACAGAGCUGGAAUCAAGGUCGAAAUCAAACCCAUGCCACCCACACACAUUGGGCAUAGACUGUUAGGAGCAGCAGUGCUUUGUUGAAACUCUUCACUGUGAAAGAGUAAAAACUGCAACAAGAGGAAUAACUCUUUCCCAAGUUAAUACCUCAAGUUUCCUGUCACAUUAGUCACCUUCACCUGCGGGCUGCACAGACAGAACCUGAGUGAACAGAGGGGUUUAAGGUGUGCAGAGACACCUGGUCUGUGUGAGAGAAGAGACGGUGACUGUUGAGCAAUCCUAGGUGUACUUUAUGUUCUCUGCAGUGAUUUUUAGCCUGCAGGUUCACUCAGUGAGCUGACACUGUGAAUUCUGUGUUGAAAUGUCUCUGAUUCACAAUGACCACAUCUGCCUGCUGAUGUACCUGGAAGUGCCUCCAUUAAAAAGAUUUCUUAAGAGAGUUAGGAAAUGUAAAUGUGGGGAUGAUAUGCAGCAAAAAGUUGUGGCUUGGAGUUGAACCAGCAGCUGAUUCAGUGAGGAGUAAAAACUCUCCUGACGCAUGGAGAAGGCAUGUCAGUGUGGCUCACUUUCUUUCCUUUUUACUAAUACAGAUGUUUGCAUAGUGUACAGACCUAACAACUGACAGACAACAUCAUCAACAACUUAAGCACUCAUAAGCUCUGUUUAACAUUUGUCACUGAAGGUCAAGUCACUCUCUCUUCCCAACAACACCCCCAGCUCUUAUUCCUGUGCCGGACAGGAUACGUAAUCUUUAUAGCACACACACAUCCCAGUUGGAUGUGCCCAAAUCGUCUCCAAAGGGAGGCAUCUGAGAAGCUUCCUUAUCAUGAACCCAACACCAGACUGACUCCCUGUGAUAUGGAGUGACAUCUCCUUCCAAACAUCUCGGAGGCAACUCAUUUCUGCCACCUGUGUCUGUGAUCUCCCUCUUUUAGUCACAACCCAUUUCUCAUGGUCAUAGGUGAGGAACAUGGAAAUGUAGCACAACUGGUGAAUCCAAAGCUUGGCCUUCAGGCUCAUCUCUCAGCAGUGGACCAGGACAACGCUCACAGUGCUGCUGCAGCUGCACUGACACAUCCAUCAAACCCACACUCCAUUUUAUCCUCGCUCAAGACCCUGAGACACUGAAACUGUUUUAAUUUAGACAUAAGACGACAUAGACAAAUAGAUGCAUGAGGAUCCAGAACAACUUCACGUAGACUUGUCAGGUCUAGAUUUGAUGAUCCACAGAGGGCCAAAAUGAGGCUUGUGAAAUCUUUAUAGUUAUUAAGAAAAUGAAAGCAUUUUCCUGUAGAUCUUUAUUGUGAAUAUUCAGUUUUAAGCCUUAAGAUAAAAAACGAUGACUGUCUACUUUAAGUCUAGUCUUGCUCAAGGGUUCUGCCUGUCGAAGGAAGUUUGUCGUCCCCACUGUAACUAAACGCAACAGGUGGAGUAAGAUGGAUCAGAGUAGAUCUGAACUUAAACAAUUAGACUCAAUCUUUUUCCAUUUUGAUGUUGGGUUUUUGUAAAUAUACAGAAGAGGAUAAUCUAGACUGGCUUUUAAUGUGAAUCCUGUUAAGGUGAUGUUUGUUGUGUGGCAGCUCAGACUGUCAGAGUCUGUUUUAACAUAGAUAAAUAGAACAGGUACAGGUGAACAGAGUGUACACACCACUGUGUUUGGACUAACUACAGCAGGGAAACGCUCUGGGGUUGUUCUUUAAUAAAUAAAAACAACGUAAAUUCUUGAGUUUUGCCUGGAGAGCCAGUAACUUCUAAUUUAGUUUCAUCUAGUUUUAAAAACAUGUCUGACAUCCAGGUUUUUGUUUCUGCUGGACCGUUAGUGAAACGAAAGCGCUUGAUUGGUCACCCUGUCCAAUCAAGCUGUUAAAAGUAAUGUGUCAUCAGUAUAACAGUCAUAACCAGCAUCAUGUGUAUGAAAUGUAUAAAUAUGUUUGAUAUGUAUCAAUGGAAAAAAAAGGUGGACCCAGAAGUGAACCCUGGGGAACACCACAGGGAUACAUUUGCUGCAGAUGACACUAUCAAAGAGACAAAGUCAGUGUCUGCUGAGCAGACCGUUUGAAUGCACGGUGAGAUAGUGGAGAGGUUUUUCCUCCCAGUGUGGUCAAAAUGGAUCACUUCCUGCCCGCUCAUUAUCAUCAGCAUGACUUCCUGUCAGCACAGGAGCGGGGGGGAUCCUGAGGAUUAGCGCAGUGAACAUUCCCCUUUCAGUUCACUGGAAUUCAGACUAUUACAUUACAUCAGAGCUGGAAACCUGCCCCGUCACCCCCAGCCUCAUGUUCACACACCGAAUACACGGACAUGGAAACACACACUGUGUCACUGACACACACGCAUACACACACACGCCCACACACACAUCUGCAGCCACUCGGUCAGCAAUUCAAAUUAACUGCAGAAAAUGAGUCUCUUUAUCAGAUAUGAAAGAAAGCUGCAGUUUGAAUUCUUAUUUCUGUAUGUUAGAAGAUUUCCCCUCUUAACGGACUCUGAACUCUAAAACCAGAACUCUGUCUGGACAGGGUCGACUUUUCCAACUUGAAUCAUUCCUGCCCGGCUGAGAGCGAUUAAUCAGUCUGAGGAACUCAAACCCCGCUCCUCUGUCUGUCUGAGGGUAUUUUUCUGAUGCAAACGGAGGAUUAGAGCUGUGUGGGAUUUAUUAACCCUCCUCCUUCAUCACUUCACCCCUGUGUCCUCCUCUCACCUCCUGGGCCUCCUCUCUCAGCCUAUCUCCACUCGUCCUCCUCCUGCUCUCUCUCUCUUUAAACCGCUUUGUCCUUUAUAUUUAUCUCCCUCCUCUCCUCUCUCAGAUUAACUCAUCUCAGCGGCUUCUGUUGUCAGAGCGGGCUUUAAAAAUGUCCCACACAGCACUUUUUCCCUGCCUGUUCUCUCCUCUCUUUUCUUCCUCAGCCCUCCUUCCCCCCUCUUCUCUUCCCCUGUCCUCCCUCCUCCCCCUCCCUCCGUCUGUAAUAAGAGCUGAGGGAAUGGGAGGGCUGCCAGGAUCCAGUUUGCUUCUGCCCUUUUAAGGCUAAAAAACCAGGAGGAACUUUUUUCCAGCGGAGGGAGUGAAAGAGGGGAGACCAGGGAGGGAGGGAGGAUGACUGGAAGGAGUAGAAAGGAAGAGGAGGAAGUGUAGUAGCUCCAGUGUGGCUUGUUGCAUGGAGUCAGGGGGGAGAAGGGGGGAGGGAGUGAGCUGCAGGUCAAAAAAUGUGUUCAGGAUGUUUGAGGAUACACGCCGAAGUCAUGUCACCGCUGCAGAGACAAUGUUAGGAGAUCUGCAAGAGUGCUACCUCUCUCUCUCACUCUGUGUGUGUGUGUGUAUGUGUGUGUGUGUACGUGUGUGUUUGAUAUGACUGUGGAAUGUUUGACAUUUCCUCUCAGUGUUCAGUCUGACCGUGUUUCUAUCACAUCGAUGACUCUCUGUUUUCCAGGCAUGACUUUUGUGUGUGUGUCUGAGCGUACGUGUGUGUGUGUGUGUGUGUGUGUGUGUGUGUGUGUGUGUGUGUGUGUGUGUGUGUGUGUGUGUGUGUGUGUGUGUGUGUGUGUGUGUGUCUCUGUGUGUAAACUGUUAUACUGCUUUAUCUCGAACACUUUGACCCUGUAAAUACCUGAAAAGUCCUCUCGGAGUGGAUCAGUCGAGUCUAAAUGUCUCUCUCUCUCUCUCUCUCUCUCUCUCUCUCUCUCUCUCUCUCUCUCAGUAUGGUUGGUUUUGAAGAACAGAUUAGACACAGAUGUUUUGUGGAGAGUCGGGGAGUUUUCAGAGAACUGUGAUGGUUUUGGGAAAAGCAGCAUUUACAGAAAUUCAGACAUAGCUGGUUGUUAGCUAACAGACUGUUUCUUAGGAAGAAGCUGACCCACCUUUGUCACAGCUGGGGAACAACACACCCAGAUCCACCACGUGGCUUUGUAUGCAGGCUGCCAGAUUAUGGCAUAAAUCAUGAUUAUUUAAAACGAUAUUGACAUGAUUAUGAAAAACAAUUACUCAUGAUUUGACUUUUACAUCACACAUGUUAAUGUAACGUAGGACAUCUUGGAACCUUAAAGACACUUUCAGAGAUUUGGUUUUAAUUUGGUGAUAGUAGAUUUGGUCCCUUGGCUUUUCAGACACAAAGGUACACACUUCUGUCUCUUCCUGCUCUCCUCUCUCUCUUAAAUAAAAAUCAAACUUCCAAUUAAUUCCCCAGCUCUACUGUAUAUGCAUCUGACCUUCAUCAGGCCCAGAUCUACAAGGGUGCAACAGCAUGCGCUGCACCUUCAUCCCUAAUUUCUGCUCCCUGUAAAGGAUCGAUGCAAAAGACCUUUUUUUUACAAGUUAUCCUGUGUAAAUGAGUUAGGUCAUUUUGAAUACAUUUAUAGUCAUGACAGCUGUCUUUGCAUCCCCAAAAACCACCACUGUGAGUAUGUUCAUGUCUACACACACUGUUGUGAUUAAAUGCAGUUUUAUGGCUGCUUCUGUUCCUAAAGGUGAUCCCUCAAGUUAUUGUGGAGUCGCAGUAGAAAGAGUGGGAGACAGUUUUUGGGCUGAGUACAACAAUGAUCCAUGCACUGACAGAACAGAAAAAGUGAUAUUUAGCAGCUUCCACCUGUCAGUCAAAGAGGCCACGCCCCUAUUUAUACCUCCGUUAACCUUUAAUAUCAGCAGAGUCUUUGUGUGAUUUUGUUUGGCAAAUUUAGAUAGUAAAGAGAAGCUUCAGAGGAUUUAUCUCUUGCAUUAUUCAGAUUAUUUGAUAAAGCCUAUUUUAUUGUUAUGUAACACAGAUGAAUAAAUAUCAGAUUCUUAAAGCGCCGGGCAGCAGCAGCAGCUCCUCUGCUCUGAUUGGUCAACUUCUCUGGAUUAAUCAGCUCCAGAUGCUGCAGCUCGACCUGAAUGUUGUGCAGAAACUUUUCCUGCUGCUGUCGUCUCUUUUUGCUCUCUCUCCUCCCCCCUCUCUCCCCCUUCCCCUCUGAGAUGCUGGGAUCAGGUCAGGCAGGGGGUCAGGGGGUGCGAUGAUGUCAUAGCGAUGUCAGAGGGGGGGCUGCAGCAACGAGCCAAACAGAUGACUCAUGGGAGUUUUGGGGGCAAAAUGAGCAUCAACCACAGACAUACACGCACUCCAAACGGUGGCACACACACACUAAGGAAAACACACACACACAAACACAUAGACAAACACACAGUCACACACUCAUGCACACACACUCUUGUCCAAAGAUCAGGGGGGUUGAUGAGUCAGCAGAGGGGGAGUCUGCGGCGGUCUGUGUCCGUAUAUGGGCUCCGUCAGGCUCGCUGCUCUGUGGUCUGACGGGAAUGUUUGCAGAUUCCUCUAAUGUUUGGUGGCUUUCUGUGUGUGUGAAUCAAAGAGCAACACACACACACACACACACACACACACACACACACACACACACACACACACACACACACACACACACACACACACACACUAUCAGAGCAUGAGUUUAUCUGCUAACAAACACUGCGAGGAAGAGAAGAGGAGGACUGGUCGGUCACAGUUUACUGUCUCUGCUUAUAACAGUUCAAUUUGAAGAAGAUUAAAACUCCCGAUUAACAGAUUAUUUCUUGAACUGAAUAUUAAAGCGGCGGCUAAAAAACAGAAGAUUACUUCUAUAACUUAAGUUUUUUACAGAUUACGGAUUGAAAUCGUAAAACAAACUCAUAAAUGUCAUAAAAACUUGAAAAGUGAAAAGUACUUAUUAAUGUAUCUUUGCACUCUAUCUUUGUAAAAAUCCGAGUGACUUAAAAAAUGAAUGAAAUUUCAGAGUUAAUUUAACCUUUAUAUGGUGAGAAAUACUGUAUGUCAGGGGUCUUAAACUCAGACUUGCUUUCUGGUCCAGUGGUUUAAAGUUAGGACCUUUUUAGCAUUCAACCAGACAGCAACAUUUAUCUGACAGUGUACAUUCAAUUUUCUGAAUUUUUGUGAUAUAAAACAUCUGACAGGACAAAUGUUUUUGUUUCUAACACACUGUUCUCCUCGUGUAGUCUGAUAUUGAUGCUCAAAAGGCUCUGAAAACAACAUAAAAACACCAGAGUAUGCCGCGGCACAUCACCUCUGUUACCAUACUGUCCAAACAAAGAAGCUGAACUCUGUCAAAGAAGUUGAAGAGACACUCUGUCCCUCCUGUCUCUUCUCCGGUGCUGCGCUGUCUGACAGGCCGCUAUGUGACACACCUUUACCUGAGCUGAUCUGCAUUCCUGCUGCAUGCACCAACCUGCGUCGCACAUGCACGCUCAGUUCUCACCCUCCAAUCAGGACAGAUGAAUUUAUAGCCGCAGUUUUAACUUUAUGUCUUCAGGCAACACUUCUGUCGCUCCUUCAGAAAGUCUCUCCUUACUUCGUCUUCUACUUGAACCUCCUCCUCUUCCUCUGUAUCAUUCUUCAGUGGUUGCUAUAACAGUCUGGUUCACUCAGAGUUGCUAUGGUAAUGGGUCAUCCAAACAGGCCCUUGUUCUGACCCUGUUCUGCUUUAUCACCAUGUAUCAUGGUGUUUUUUUCCACUUGGAGCAGCUUACAUGUCAUGUAUCACAGUGUCUGCAGCCUGAGAGUGAAUCUCUCAGUCAGAUCAUGAAUUCAGACGAAUUUAGAAGGACGCAGGUCUGAAUUUAGGUGCUGCACAAUGAAGGAGACGUUCUUUGGACUAUGCAUGCUUCUCUCUGUGUGUUAGGUUUGCUGUGUCACCCCCUCCUGACCUGCUUGCUGUUUUGAUCCUCUUUUUUUAACAUGCAUGGAAUUUACAUGCUCCCCCCUGGUUUUGACCCCUCUCCAUCCCUCCAUCUCGAACCGCUCUUGGAGUCUGCUGGCCAAACAUCUUUCAGACCCUCCCUUAGCAGCCUCUAAAUAUUCAGCCUUUUCAGGAGCCAGAGCCCAAGACUGCAGCCCCCUCACGCUGAUACAAAAACAGGACAAGGAAAAGGAGUGAUUACAGAUCUCUGAGCUGCUGCUACCAACAUUAUUCCAGCCUAUAUGACAAUAGGAGAUGACACACACACAGUGAGCAGAGCUGGAUCAGGUCAGCCUGGAGCUCUGCUGUCAGGACGUGUUUGUUAGGUUGUUUUUCAGCCUCUCUGUCUGUUUCCAUGCUGCUGUAAACUCUGACAUCUCUGAGAAAAAGAAAGCUGUUAACAGGACGCAGCUGCUGACAGACACACAGACCAAAAACUUUCAGACUCACUCUUGAGGGUCUGAACUUUCUGCAACUUAGAGACCGAACCCUCUGAUUUCCAUCAGCACCUCAACUCCCCACAAUCAGACCUCUCCUCCUUAACUCUGUCCUCAUCAGUCAGCAGGGACGACUCCACCCUUUCCUCCAGGCUUGACCUCCAAUCAUCCUGCUGAUCUGCUGCCUCUUGUGCAACCCGUGUGUGUUUUGUGUGUGUGCGUGUGUGUGUUUUCCUCAUGCCCAGACUAGCUUCUUAUUGCAUCACUUAUUCUUAUGUUCCUGUCAGAGAAAUAAAUCAAUUUUGACCUGGAAUAGCCUAACAUGCUGCAGGAUGUGCUUUUUAUGUGUUCAUGCAAAAUUUAGAGCUGAAAAAACCCCAUCAGUUAAUUGCAAACAUGGAAAAUAUUAACUGUUUAACAAAGAUGUCCUGAAAUUACAAUCACUGGCACAUGCAUGAACGAUCAUUUAUGUAACUUUUGCAAAAUGAUUCAUCCAGAAAAUCCCCCACUAGGAUCAUCAUCACAACACUCUGUCCCCCACAGUCUGUCCCCUCCACUAAAUGCAGAGUUAAUUUUGUUUAAGUAGCAGCUUCAAAAUCCUGAUUUAGAGAAGAAACAUUAGGAUAAACUGAAUGACAAAAUAAGAUGAAAUAGUUUGAACUGAAGAGGUAAAAAUGUUUGGGGAAGGAGAUAAGUUUCCCUGAAUUUAGUCAAAAAUGAAUAAAUCAAUACAUUAGUCAACAGAAAAGGAUGAUUGAUUUCUUUUUAAAAGUAUAGAGACUGAAGUCAUCAUCAGUCAGAAUCAGACUGAAAAUAGUCUUUUUCCCUUAAGACACAGCUAGCAUGGACGCUGAGUAAAACUUUUAGCAGAUGUUUGUGAAUUACAGCUUUUAUUUUGAAAAGAGAUUCAUUUGCACAGGAAGAGGCCGUUUUUACCCCAAAAUAAGACAGUGCAGCUCAUUUAAAUAUGUCCAAACAAGUCACUAUUUCUCCUGCAGCAGUUUGAGGUGCAUUAAAAAACCCAUUUGAAAAUUAGACACAUACGCAGAGGUUUAGUAUGGUCAGAGUCUGUGAGGUUCAUUUUGUGAAUCAGAUCCUCAGUGUCAGUGAUGGUGAGGUCUUAAAUUAGUAAAGCCCUAAGUCUCCUGCAUUUGUUUACUCUCCUGAGAUCAUUCCACGCUUGAUGCUUCCUCGGCAUGCAGCCCACUCCUUAAACUCACAGCCAUACAUGAGAUCACACAGAUAGUCCAGAGGGAAACGUGCAGUUUAAACUCAGAUUAUCACUCUGAAGAUACUUUAAAAGAAGUUUAAAGAGUUAGAACAAGUCGAUCUCCUGGUCAGCUCUCCUUCUUUAUGUUCAUUUCAUUCUGUUUUGCAUCUUAAAAUCCUGAAUCAGAGUCUCCCUAAUAUUUGAAAGUAGGAAAGCUCCCUUUAAUGUCUGUCUCCACACACUGACAAUCCUCUUCUCUCCUCCUCUGCCCACAGACUCCAAAGCCAUCGUGGAUGGGAACCUGAAGCUGAUCCUGGGUCUGAUCUGGACCCUGAUUCUGCACUACUCCAUCUCCAUGCCCAUGUGGGACGAGGACGAGGAGGCUGAUGACGGCAGACAGAAGACGCCAAAACAGAGGCUGCUGGGAUGGAUCCAGAACAAGCUGCCUGAGCUACCCAUCACCAACUUCAGCAAAGACUGGCAGACAGGCCGGGCUCUGGGAGCGCUGGUGGACAGCUGCGCUCCAGGUGAGGGUUUCUGUGUGAUCUGGUGUUUCUGAGGUGGGCUGUGCUGGAGGCGGGGAAGUUUCCGGGUUAAUGGAGGAUAAGGACCAGGAUGCUUUGGUGUGUGAUGUGCAUGUGUUUCCCCCCUCAGCAAGUGGCUGAAAUGAACACCAACAGAGUGAUCGGGGUCUGUUUACUCUGCAGAUCUUCAGAGGUGCAACAGGACCUCAGCGUUAAUAAAUCUGACCACAUGGAGGAUUGUUUAAAUCAAUGUGAUAAAAAGGAGAUAAAAAGCUGAAUAAAGACUUCCAGACAUGGCUGCUGCAGAUGUCAAAGUUUAGGAUGCACCGCCAGAGUUUCCCAAAACCUGAGUGACUCUAUAGAAGAGAUUUAACAUUAAUCCUGGAGACAGUCUGAUGUUGUCUGCAAACUAAAGAUCUGAAAAAAAAGCUGAUUUAGUCCUUCAAUGAUGAAGGAAAAACAACAGCUGUUUUUUUUAAUAUUUGAUUUUAUAUUUAAUCUUUACAUUUUUUGUGCAUCAAUGUUACCAGAUUCUUAACUUCACUGUCAGCUCAUAUGUUGUUUUCUGGCCUUUUGCAUUUCAAAGAUGAAAAUAAAUAAAUCCUGCUGCUUGGCAGAUUUUCAUAGGAGCUAAAACAAAAGUCAUCACUAAACACUAUAUACAACACCUUAAAGGUUCCUGCACUUCUGGAGGGUACUGCACCGCCCAACAGGGACUUUUAUGUGUCUCUGGAAAUCCCCCCAAAGGUUCCAGUCCUGGGGAAAUUUACUGCAGUGAAAACACGGCUUUAGAUGUUAGUCUGUCUUUUAAACAUAAGUGUCUGCACACAACAGUGAUUGGCAGCUGCAGAUCUAAGGUCAGGUCAGGUAGAGACCAAGGGUUUGACUCCCAUUUGCGUGGGACUAAAAAGUAGGAGAGGGGGAGGAUAAGCUGAAAGAAGGAGGAACAGUCCUGCACCUUCUCAUUAUGGUCCUGUAGAAUUAGGAAAGUAAGGAAAGAGGGAUUAGGGCAUGACGUGAGGAGAGGGGGGAGAUGUAGGUGAGGGAAAGUGAGUUUGAAGGAGGUUUCUGUUUACAUGCUCAGGAUGUCUGACAUACCUGCGGAUCACCAGCAGCCUGUAGCCGCUGAUAAGGAUCCAACAGAAGAUUUAUUCCCCCUGCAGCCAAAGAUUUUCAGCACGGUCAGGAAUGAAAACCUGCAGACGUCAGAGUGGGUUAUAAAAAAGAAAACAAACCUCUGACGCAGUUUGAGCGAUUAUAAAAGAGCGGCUGAACAUCGGAGGGAGGAAUUCAGGAGACAAAAAAUAGACAAAUGAACCCAAAGACUCUUCACUGCAGCAGAUUCACCCUCUCACAGAGAUCAGGCAUGCUUCAAAUUCUACUGUUAUCAGCUGGACGUAGUGGAGGCUCACUGUGGAGUCAGCACAAUCUCACAGACUGAUGCCCGGAGUUUUUAACGCUUACUCUAAAGUCCUCUAAACCCAGCAGAAAACUCCUUGAUUGGAGCUCAAAGAAACACAGAGAACUGGUUUGUAAAUUUUACAAAUCAGAAAUCUGAUAUAUAAUCGCCGUGUAGGGGGUAGAGGUCUUAGUGUACAGUACAGUGUUUAGAGUGUUUAUGUGUAAAUACAGCAAUCAAGUGUUUGUGAGUAAACAAGGCCAAACAUGCAAACUUCAUCUGAAUGAUGUGGCAGUUUUUUCUAAUGUCACAACCUGGCUCAAAAAGGGUGAGACAAACAGAGGGAGACCACACAUAAUCUGCAAUGAUUUACAAUAAUAUUCAAUUAAGUAAAAAAAUCCACAAUGUGAGGGUCAGUCUGUGUAAGAGUCAGUGAGUGUGCAGUGUUAAGUGUGGGUUUGAGUUUGAGUGUUUUUGUUAUCAUGACAGAUAUUUUUUAUACCAAGAAACAAAUGUGGUUUUACGAGAAACAUCUUGUUUUCCACAGACAGGAUGUAGUUUUUUCAAGUCCUGAACAUGCACACAGAGCCACCAGGCUUGGUGCACAUGAGCUCAGUGGAGAACUGAGAGGUUUAACGUUGGUUUGAUAAAGGGGUGUGGCUUAACUACUCAGUGGUGGCCCCUACAAGUAUUCAGAAAUUCAGCCGCCCUGUUACAUGUUAAACCUAGAAAGAUGCGAUCCUCUGGGCUGACGUAUCCUGUCUAGACCCACAAAAAGUCUCUUGGAUCUAUAUUGUAAAAACAACAGAAAGUCCACUAUUUUGAGUUUUUGUAAAAAAUCAGGCUAAAUUUGAUCUGUUUCCAGGAAUCCUUCCAAAAAUUAACUCCUCCCAGUAGGACUGCCAAGUCCAAUUUAGGUUAUUUAGAGAGCUGGGAGAGCCAUUCAAGAAAAGAACAUAUAGAGUGUGGCCAUGAUGACUCGCCACAGUGUGACACUGAAAAUAGUGAUUUUUUUUUUUUCAGUUUCAGGGCUCACACUUUGAUUCGUUUUUCAGACAUCAUUAAUACAGUCCAUGUGAAAUUGUUCAUGCUGCCAGAUAAGACUAAGAUAAGAUGAUUCUUAUUUUGUGCACACAUCUUAAAGGGUGUGGCUAUGGCACCGUCUCAAAGUUAAAAGUCAUCUCUUAAGAAGCUACUGUAACUCGAAAAGAAUGAGUCUAAACAGCUACUAACUAACAAAUUAGUAACUUACCAAAACAUUGAAUGUUGGUCCUCAACAAUUUGGAGCCAUUUUGACCCUCAUUUUAAACUUUAAAUUGAUGCUUUUCUUUGCUGAAAGAAACAAAGAGUCUGAUGUGUUUAACCCUCAGAUGGAAAACACAAAAACUGUUUAAACCUCAUCAAAUAUUUAGAUUACACAUCUAGACUAUCAGGCUCAUUAUGUUUAUAAUUUCACUGUCUUACUGGAUGAGUUUGUGUUCAAAUGUACUUGUAAAUGAUAGCCCAUCACCCUGCUGCUGCCUAUAUUAACUCCAGCUCUCUUCUCUCUCCUGCAGGUCUGUGUCCUGACUGGGAUCAGUGGGAUCAGACCAAACCAGUGGAUAACGCUCGAGAGGCCAUGCAGCAAGCUGACGACUGGCUGGGCAUCCCACAGGUAAAUGAAAGACCUUAUGGACAGACAAACAAAGAAAUAACACUCCACUAUCAACCCAAUAUGUAAUGAGGAACUUUUCUAGCAUUUCGACAGUUAGUGAUGAACGUCAAGCUCGGACGUUGGCUCAGUGUGCGUCACAGUUUCUCUGUAAAUAGUCACUCAGUUAAAUGGAGGUCAGAGCCAUCAUUUGUAAAGCAUUCAGGGAAGUCAGGAAAUCUGAAUGCUGACUUAGCAUCAGUCAGAUUAGUGUCUCAGUGUGUGAAUGUUUGAUUCAGAACAGAUUGGUAGCUGACCUUUAUGCAGAUAUCUGUUUAUACAGAGACAGAAAUCCUCCUCAGAUUACCAACCAUAGAAGCUGGAGGCAGUUGUGGAGGACUGUGUUCCUCCUGCUUUUGCUCUCCAUGAAGACUGGUUUUACUGCAGAUUCCUGAUUGGUCAGCACUGCCCGGUCUACUAACAGAAACCAAAACAUAAAAUUUUUACUUCAUACUUAUCAUAGAACCUGUAAUGUAGAUGACUCUGGAGCUGAUUAAGUCUAAAUUCUCCAGUUAAGCUUUUAUUUGUUGAAUUAAAAUCAUUUAAACUGAUUAACUUAAUCAUUUUUAAGCAUCAUCAUCUUUUUUCCUGAAGAGUUGAUCAUUAAAUAGAGACAUGAAUAAAAACAAAAAUAACUUUAUUCAUCAUUAAAGGGAAAUUCAAUAUGAUCAGAUAUAGAUUGAGUUUUUUGAGUGUUCUGGUGUCUCUCUGGUUUCAAUGUGAUUGGCACCCUGUUGCUGUUGGCACAGCUUCGCGUGCUGACUCUGAGCUCUGUGGUCGCCCCUGUUUCCGCCAUCGGUUCAGAAACUGUCUGUGUCCGUCCCCUGCUGUCUCUGUGGUUGAGCCGUCAGACAGAGAGAGAGUUAGAGAGAAUGUGUGUGUGUGUGUGUGUGUGUGUGUGUGUGUAUGUGUGUGUCUCUCUGCCAUCUUUGUGGUCCUAAACUCAGACAGAGAGUGUGUGUGAUGAGUGUGUGUGUCUGCCAUUUUGCAUAUGAGUGUCUCUCAGGUGCUCUCUUCUGUCAGGAAAUCGUUAGUUGUGGUUCUGAUCUUUAAAUCACAACAUCGCUCAGUUGAUUUCUGUGUGCAGCUAUCUCCAUGGUAACUAAUCAGGCCCUGCUGCGGGCUGUGCAGCUGCAACCUCCGUCCCUCUCAUCAAUGAACAUGCAACAAGGAGAAACAUCCUCCCUGUCAUUUACAAACCCUCUCCUUCUCCUCUCCUUUUCUCAGGUCAUCACACCUGAAGAGAUCGUUGACCCCAACGUGGACGAGCACUCAGUCAUGACCUACCUGUCCCAGUUCCCCAAAGCUAAGCUGAAGCCUGGAGCUCCUCUACGGCCAAAACUCAACCCGAAGAAGGCCCGCGCCUAUGGGCCAGGUACACACACAUGCACACACUCACACAUUCACACACAGACACACAGAGUUGCAGCUGUGUGGAGCCAGCAGCUGGUUGAGUUUAGAGCAGGAAGGAUUUCGAUGUUUACAGCGAUCAGAAAACUUUGAAUCAGUCCAGGAGGUUAAAUCAGGGCAUGGACUGUUUACACCGAGGGGUGGGGGGCAUUUCAAUCUCUCUGUACUCACUCUUAAGUAUCUGCUGUAGGGUUUUUGGAGUAUUCUAUCCUUAAAAAGCAAAAUAUGAAACCUUUAUCUAACUUAGCUUUCCUGUUUGAGAUCAGGACUCCUCAUAAUGAAGAAGGGGAGUCUGUAAAAAACUGCCUGUAAAAAAUGAAUGAGUAAAAUCAGCAGAGAAACUGGCUCCACCUUCAUUUUUAAUCUGCAUCUUCACACACAGAUCAGCUGAUAUUACUACACAGCAGCUGUUAACUUUCCUGAGAGCAGAAAUUAUCUGCGGAUGCCUGUCUUCUCCAAAACAAACAGACUCAGUGAAUAAAUCCAAUAAAAACACUAAAAAAAAUCAGCUUCAUGUCAAGAUCCUGACUUUCUCCCUCCACUCUCUGAGGUGGAGCAUUAGGAGCUGCCAGCUGAGCAGCUACUGACUUUGGCUCAGCCGACACGUCAAACAUGGAUGUUUAAAUAUGACCUGGCAGCACAAAGAGAAUGAGAGCAGAAAAACUCAUGGAGCAUGGAGCGUCUAACAGGUAAAAUACGUCUGGUCUCUCCUGUGUUCAGGUGUGGAGCCCGUCGGUAACGUGGUGAUGAAGAAGGCAGUGUUCACAGUGGAGACCAUCAGCGCAGGGAUGGGAGAGGUUCUGGUUUAUGUGGAGGAUCCUGCAGGACACAGAGAGGAGGUCAGCCUCUGAGAGCUUACAGGUGUUCAGAAAUUAAAAUCAAACAGUUUACUGUGUUUUUAACCUUUUAACAAAAAUGUUCUUCAGGCUAAAGUGACGCCCAACAACGACAAGAACCGAACCUACUCCGUCUUUUACAUCCCCAAAGUCACAGGCAUGCACAAGGUGAGCCGAGAGUUCAUUCUAACACUGUAAAGACCUGUGAUACUUUAGUGUUUUUAUUUCAUGCAAGUUUGAAGUCUCCUGCAGCAACUGGAGAAACUCUGCAGGUUCAGCCUGUGAUUGGUUUGUCUGGAUGCCACGUUACUCUCUGAAUGUUCAGUCUGCAGUCACGCUGGAUGAUUAUAAUCUGUUUAAUUACACUAAAGACAGUCAGAGUUUAAUUCUAGGAGCUUAAAUUGGACGGCUGUGUUGAAAUCUUUGAUUUCAUGUUUCUGUAUAAUUUCUCUUUUACGGUCGACUGUCAAGUAACAGGGAAAACUAGAUUAGUCUCAGUUCUCUUCCUCCAGUAUAAAGUCGUUCCCUCUCUCACUUUCAUUUCCCUAAAGCAGCAAACUUUCAAUUUCUGCCUUUUCUUUUGCAAUCAUGUGAAAACCUUUUACACAGAAAACAUUCAUUUAUGUCUCUACCAGCCCCCAGGACACUGCAGCACAUUCACAAAAUAAAACUUUUGUGCAGAUUUCCUGAAAAUGAUCAGCUUAUACUGUUCGAGUCUGUAAAAUCUGAUAAUGUAAUUGCAGAGCUCUGCAGACACUUUCAUUCAGUCAAUGUUUAAAGAUAUGUGCUUGUAAUCUGAGUGCACAUCACUAAACCAAUGAAGAACAAAAGCAGACACCUUAUGUUUUAAAACACAUAAAACCAAACCAGAUAAAAGCCUGUUUGCUCAUAUUUCUUAUUUUACUGAUAUUAGACUGUAAAAGAACGCACUUAUGUUGUGUAAGUAUUUUAAUCAUGACUGACACAGGCGCCACACUGAACUGGAGGACCUAAACUAACAGUUUUAGUUCAGUUUAGGUUUAUUAUAAAGAUAUUACAAAGAAAUAGUUAUAUAUAGAAACAAGUGAGUAUUUUACUUGACUACCACACCCAAGUGAUGUACUAAUAAAAAGAGGAAACAGACACAAACAUACCCAACAUAUGGACAUGAAUCAAAAGGUCAAAGGUGUGGUGAAAUUGAACAUAACUUUUUCAUUAUGUGUGUGACACCCAAACUUUACACGGUUAAAACAGAGUCUCUAGAUCUCCUUUUUGUUUAACAAAGAGAAUUUCACACAAGGAUUGUUAAAUCUAUUUUUCCAUGAGCUCAUAAACUGAUAUUUAACAGAAAACUGCACAAAGAGGAGUCCUUUUUGUGAUUAAUUCUUUAUUUAUUUAUUUUUUCAUUUCAUUACAUUUCCAUUUAUCCACACCCCUUGCCCCUACCCCUUGUCCUGGGGGUAACAUUAAAUUUGGGUGAUAACAGGGAAGAAAAAUAAAUAAAUAAAUAAACAGCAGCGUCAUCAGUACAUAGUAAACAUAAUCUUGGGAUAAAUGAAUAAAAUGCAAAAUAAAGGGAGAGGUAAAAAAGAGGCCUCAGAGCAACACUUCUAGGUUAUGUAUUGCUUCUAACUUUGCCUUUUAAACACGGUUACUGGGAAUUUCUAGUGACAAGAUUUCAUAAAAUGAUGGUUUCCACAGAUAAACAUUUAGAGCGUGAGGUGGUUUCCAUCUCUUUAUCAACGUCUUUUUAGCAGCAGUUAAACCUGCAAACAGUACUCUCUUCUUAUGCUUCGUUAGAUUCAGAGAAGUGUCAUCAUUCAAAAGCAAUAUAUGUGGGAAACAAGGUAUAUUUGUCUGCAUUAAACAUGAAAGAAUGUUCCAAAUACUGAGCCAAAAGGACUAGACAAAGAGGAGCCUAAAUAAAAAACUUGUUUUCUUUUUUCUGCACUUUCAGCAUUUUAAAACAAUAGUCCCUGAUCACAAAACAAAUAAAUUGCUCACAGUCUGGACCUCCAUAGGCAGGAUAAAAUGUGUAAAUAGAUUAUUGAAUUGAAAAUGAUGAUUGAUGUGAUUUUCAUCUUUGGCUGCAGUGGUUAUAGUUGUUUUCUGCUGGUCUGAUGCUUCUGCUGUGAAUAGGUUCAUGUAAAAACAGCCUGACAGCUGGGGGGGGUUAUAAAAUCUUACUGCACAAUGGAAUCAGUAUUUUUAAGCUUUCUGAGAGCUUUGUGUCACACUUAUGAUCCUAAAAAGCUGCAGGAAUCACAGAGAGUGUCCAUGAAGAUCAUGAGACCCCGUUUUUAACAUCCUCCUCUCUGCUGUGUAGGUGACAGUGCUGUUUGCGGGGCAGCACAUCUCCAAGAGCCCCUUCGAGGUAGAGAUUGGUAUGGCUCAGGGCGACUCCAGCAAGGCCACGGCUCAAGGACCUGGACUGGAGCCAUCAGGAAACAUCGCCAACAAGGCCACUUACUUUGACGUCUACACAGCAGGUAAGAAAAACUUGAGGGAUAUGAUUUCUUUAGGUCCUCGUCAGAUGAUCUCUCACAACUCAAAGUACUUUGUUUGGUUUAAGUGAGGAGGUGACUGAGUAGUGCAUGUUUGUAAGAGCAGGAGGAGUCUUGAGUAGUGUCUGCUUUUGGUUUGUUAAUGUUGUUUAAGGAUGUAGAAGGAUGUUUGAAAAACCCCAAACACAGCAGUAGAGAACAUCUUUCAGACUGAAGGGACGAGCAGAAAAGAGGAUAAAGUAAAGAAACUUUGUUCAGUGUGGGCAACUCCAUCAUCCUGCACACCCAUUCUGUGAAAUUUUCAGACUUCUACCUGCUGAUUCUAUACCUUAACUCACACUGACCUCUCACCUUCCUUACCUCAGGUGUGCAUGAAAAAUUUCAGAUACAUUUGGGGUGAAAAAUUCAACCUAGUGCAGCGUGAACGGAAAAAGUCAGGGACCUCCAGGAACUUUUGUCUUCACUUCAGAAACUCUGAAUUUAUGUGUUUGAUUAUUAUAUGUUUGUACAUUAUAUUUUGCACUGAGCCUGAUGGUCCUGUCUGUGUCAGGUGCUGGAGUGGGUGAGGUGGAAGUGGUGAUCAUGGACCCCACAGGUAAGAAGAACACAGUGACCUGCACCAUCGAGGACAAAGGGAACAGCAGUUACCGCUGCACCUACAAACCCACCCUGGAGGGGCAGCACAUCGUCUACGUCACCUUCGCCGGGGGGCCCAUCAACAAGAGCCCCUUCACCGUCAACGUGGGAGAAGGUGAGACACAUGAAUCUGUUUAUAUAUCUAUCUUAAACUACAGUGUAUGAUUGUGUAGACGAAUGCAGGUCUGCACUUUUACUCUUUAAAUGUAAACACUUCAGUCUCUGAUAUCUGUCAGCUGCAGUAAUUUUCUGUUUUUUUCCUUCUUCUGUGUCUGAUGCUUUGCCGUCUUUUUUCUGCUCUUCUGGAUCUCCUCUUUUUCCCCUCUUCUUCUUCUUCUUCCUCUGAUAGCAGCGAGCUGGUAUCUGUCCUCUCUUUGGAUUGGCCUCUUCCUUCUGCUGUCAUUUCCUGUUUCCUGGGAUCUCUCUUGGGUACCUGCUUCAUUUGUGUGUGUGUGUAAAUGCAUGCAUGAGCGAGCUGUACGGAUAUAAAACUGCUUUAUCCUUCACUCUGUGCUUAUGUGCAUGUUUGCACGUCCUUACUUCAGCCUCAUUUCCCUCUGCAGUCCUGCUGUUUGUCACUUCCGACCAUUUCAUGUUCAUCUCACUCAGAGAGAAGUGUAAUUUACAUAGAAUAACAAACAUUUUAGCUGAAUUUAAUCAAAGUUACACCCUUAAAUCUGCAGUUUGAAUGACUUUUGCAUGUUGACGCAAUCCUCAUAGAAGAUGAAGACUAAUGAUUGGUUUUAUAAAUGAUGCAUGAAUUUAACCACACUUUACUCCCCAGAUUUCAUUGAUUAAAUCCAACCCAGAGCGUAUGCUUUACAGACACAGAGUGCUUUAUUUGAAUAGACUCAAAAAUCUUAAGGUAUUGUUUAUUUGGAAAAUGGGCCUCAGAUUUUAGUUGCAAAGACCUUUCCACGGGAACCAGAGACCUUUUGAGGGACUUUGUGUGUUUCAACAGCAGGAAACCUGGGUCUAAAUUUAGCUCUGGGGUAAUCAGGGUUAAUUAUGAGGUUAAUUUGCAUAAAUUAGUUACACGAUUUGGUCUAAAAAGGACAGUUUCUGUCAACAUUUACACAGCGUUACAUCUCUUUGGAGGUGGAGUUGUUUCAAGUUAUCACUCUUUUCACACAGAAUAAGUUGUAAUAAAGUAAUUAAAGACUCGUUCCCUCAGUCAUCUCCUUCCCGGAGAGUAUCUGAUAGCUCCUGUUCCUGUGGGGUUUCCUUUGCUUCCUGCAGGGGCAUCAUGCUGUGACUCAGCAGCUCCUCUUUAAUAAUCAGUGAAAUGAAGAACAUAUUCGCGUCCUGUGUGAGGGUAACGGCUCCCUUCCUCCUCUGUGGAUUCACUCUGCAGACAGAGAUAUGUGACCAGAGGCAGAGGAGGGAGGGUGUGCUGUUAGACGGAACAGCCUCAGAGAAAUCCGACUUUAAAUGAUGGAUGAAGCGCUCAGAUGGAAAUAGUUCUGGGUUCAUAUCAUUCAGCCCGCACCUCAUUCCUCUUCUCCCAACGAAACCAGCUCUGAGCUCACAUGUGGUCUGACUGACUCUCUGUGUGUUUGUGUGUGUGUGUGUGUGUGUGUGUCUCCUCAGCCUGUAACCCCAGCCUCUGCAGAGCGAAGGGUCGUGGUCUGCAGCCAAAGGGCCUGAGGGUGAAGGAGACAGCAGAUUUUAAAGUUUACACCAAAGGAGCAGGAACUGGAGAGCUGAAGGUUUCCAUCAAAGGACCCAGUGAGUCAAAACUCAGACCCACCUCACCACCUCCUACUGAUAACACUCUGAUGAUCUACUCCAUGUUCAAGACCCAGAUAAGGGUGACAGUUGUCGGAGCUAACCUGCAGAGAUCCAGCAGUUCUGCUCACCUCUACAGAGAGUUUCAGCCUCUUUUAGCUCAUUUAUUCUGAAUGCAAAGUUUCUCCACUCUCUUAUCAGUCUUUUUCCUGAAGUAGUGUGCACCAGUUUUCAAGCUAACAGGCAGAAGCACUGAUAGUCCCAGUCUGUAAAACCAGUGAUUCAGAAACAGCUUUAUCCUUUGCAGCACAUUUGCUUCUGAUCCAUUAUUUUAAAUUUCCUGCACAGUCCCAUCAUUACAAUUUUCAUUUCCAAAUUUGCAGCAUGUUUUUCUGAGAGGAAAUCAUUCGGUAGCAUCUGGAUGAUUGUCCCUGUUAGCCACCGUAGCCGAGCAGAAAAAGACACAAAAACUUGUCUCUGGAGCUGGUGGAGAAAUGUAAAACAUAUUCUUGAGGCAUUUUGUUCAGCAGAAAAUUCAAAAACAUAUUGAGUUUGAUUUUUUUUUGUUGUGCACAAAUAGCAAAAAAACCUAAAUAUUAACUUCAGGUUGUGAUGUCCUGAAAUCAAGUAAAGAAAACAUUUUUUUCUGUAGAUGAAAAGUUUGAAUAGUUUUAGUAAAUCUCUGACUCCUGUUUGCAGAGGGACUUGAGGAGCCGUGUAAGAGGAAGGAUCUGGGAGACGGUGUUUAUGGAUUUGAUUAUUACCCCACCACACCUGGGACAUACAGCAUCACCAUCACCUGGGGAGGACAGCACAUCCCCCGCAGGUACACACACACACACACACACACAAACACACACACACACACACACAUUGUGACAGACCCACACUGACUUGGUACUCUGACUGACUGUAACGCUCCUCUUCAGUCCCAUUGAGGUGAAGAUCGGGGCAGAGGCAGGUCCGCAGAAGGUGAGGGCAUGGGGUCCAGGUCUGGAGGGCGGAGUCGUGGGUAAAUCUGCAGACUUUGUGGUGGAGGCUGUUGGCGACAACGUCGGCACACUGGGUGAGUCAGAGGACGGAGUUAGAGAGGAAUAUCCAAAGUUUACUCCGGUUUCUCCGAGCUCACCGUGUUUCUCCUCCUCCUGUUUUCAGGUUUCUCUGUUGAAGGUCCGUCUCAGGCCAAGAUUGAAUGUGACGACAAAGGUGACGGGUCAUGUGACGUGCGUUACUGGCCCACAGAGCCUGGGGAGUAUGCCGUGCAUGUCCUCUGCAACAACGAGGACAUCCAGCACUCCCCAUUCAUGGCUGAGAUUGUUAACCCGCCGAGCAAAGACUUCUACCCCGACAAGGUGAGCACACACUCUCAGAGGACUCAUUUAAGACUUGGUUUAUUUGUGUCAGAGCUCCUCAGGUGUCACAAUGUGUACCUGACGCUUCCUGACUGUGUUUCUCAGGUGAAGGCGUACGGUCCCGGCCUGCAGAGCAGCGGCCUGGCUGUUGGAAAACCCACAGAGUUCACCGUUGAUGCCAAACAGGGAGGAAAAGCUCCUCUGAAGAUUCUGGCUCAGGUAUGAGUGUGUGUGUCUAUGUGUGUGUGUGUGUGUGUGUGUGUAUGUGUUAGAUCAUCUGGAGCUCAUGUUUUACACUCUGAGACACCUGUUCCACGUUAAAGCCUCUCUCUUUCUCUGCAGGAUGGUGAAGGGUUACCUGUGGACGUACAGGUGAAAGAUAACGGAAACGGCACCUACGCUUGUACCUACACGCCCCGCAAACCUGUCAAACACACCGCCAUGGUGUCCUGGGGCGGAGUCAACAUCCCAGACAGCCCAUUCAGAGUCAGUACACACAUUUAUAAAAACCUGUGUUCAGAGAUUGGUUUAUUCUGAAUACAAGCAGGUAACAGAAGGUGUGUGAAUGUAUUUCUAAAUGCAGAUGAAUAUCGGAGCAGGAUGUCAUCCAAACAAGGUGAAGGUGUCUGGACCUGGAGUGGCGAAGACCGGACUGAAGGCCUUCGAGCCGACGUACUUCACUGUGGACUGUGCAGAGGCUGGACAAGGUAAAAAAACAGAAGAUGUUUUUACAGUACUGAUGUGGUGUCAGGUGUAUAAUCCACACUAACGGAAGAUGUUAAAUUCAUCCAAAGCUGCAAAUUUGAAACUUUAUCAUUCAAAGCUUUUCCGAAACCAACUUUGGACUCACUGGCUGAAGUGGCAGGUGUCUUUCACUGUGGUUUGUAAUGAUGACCUGUGUGUGUCUUCUGUCCUCAGGUGACAUCAGUAUAGGUAUUAAAUGUGCUCCUGGUGUGGUGGGACCCGCAGAGGCCGACAUCGACUUUGACAUCAUCAGAAACGACAAUGACACCUUCACGGUGAAAUACACUCCACCUGGAGCCGGCAGCUACACCAUCAUGGUGCUGUUUGCUGAUCAGGUGAGUCGAAGGCUUUGAUUGUAAGAUCAAAAAGAGGAGGAGGGAGGACGGAGAGGUAAAAGGUUUCUGGGUCUCUUUCAGGCCAUCCCAAUGACACCCAUCAGGAUUAAAGUGGAUCCUUCUCAUGAUGCCAGCAAAGUCAAAGCAGAGGGACCAGGACUGAGCCGCAGCGGUGAGAGAAGCCUCUGAAAUCUACACUUUUAGAGAAGGAAGAACCUGUUUUAACAUGUUUUUAAACUCUGACGUGAUUUCACUCUGUCUGCGGUUCAGGAGUCGAGCUGAGCAAGCCGACCCACUUCACGGUCAACACCAAGGGAGCAGGAAAAGCAAACCUGGACUGUAACUUCAGCGGACCGAACAAAGGAGAAGCCGUCAAAGACUUUGAAGUCAUCAACAACCACGACAACACACACACUGUGAAGUACACACCUGUGCAGCAGGUAAGAGGAACACAAUAACAGGAAGAUUUUAAGAUUUCAGACCAAACAUCUGUGCUGCUUUCGUGAGAUUUUCCUGUCAGGGUUUUCGUAUCCUGUCAGCCUGCCUCAGAAACACUCAGUCUUUAAAAGUUGUUUAUGGUGUCGGCGUUGUGAGCUGGUUUUCGUAUUUAAGAAUUUAAAAAUUUUAAAGAAAGUUUAAAAAAAUAAGAAAAUAUGUGUAAAAUAUUUGUCUUAAAGUGAUUUUAAAGUACGCUGUAAAUUGUCAGGGUGGAUAUUUGCUGAUUUAAAGGCGCCACUUCUUCUUCUUCUUCUUCUUCUUCUUCUUCUUCUUCUUCUUCUUCUUCUUCUUCUUCUUCUUCUUCAGGGUCCUCUUGGUCUCGCUGUGACAUACGGUGGAGAUAACAUCCCCAAGAGCCCAUUCAACGUCGCUGUGGCUCCAUCAGUGGACCUCAGCAAGAUAAAUGUCACCGGACUGGGAGACAGUACGUACCCAACCGGCAUCACUUUACCUCCUUUCAUUCAAACCCUGGAGUGAGGCAUCAUUUCAUUCUGAACAAACAGAGCAGAGAGAGGUUUUACUGCUGAUAAAUAGGUUUCAUUCUGUGUACAUGGUUAGACAGGACUCUACUUCACAUAAAGACUUAUGCACAAAAAGAGAAGGAAAAUUGGGAGAUUUCAAGUCAUAAAUAAACUCUAAUCCUCCCUGUAGCAUUGAUCAGUCAGGCCAGAUAGCUGUUAAACAUGUAAUACCUACAUUCGUCUGUUUCCAGAGACAUUUCAGAUCCUCAACUCCGUCUGUCCUUCAUGUUUGUUGUAGAGAUGACUGUAGGCAGAGACCAGGAGGUUACCGUCAAAUCUAAGGGUGCUGGCGGUCAGGGCAAAGUCGCUGCCAAGGUGACCGGACCAUCAGGAAAACCCAUCACCAGCAAGGUUCGAGUCUGAUUCAUUUUCUUCAAACAAAAGAUUUUCUCUGAUUUAUCUCUGAUGUAGUUGAAUCAGUAAGAAGGUCUGAGUUAUGACUGUGAACAUGUUGGUGCUUCAGGUGGAGCCCGGUCUGAGCCCAGAGACCAGCCAGGUGAAGUUCAUCCCUCGGGAGACUGGACCGUACCAGGUGGAGCUCACCUACGAUGGAGUCCCGAUCCCUGGAUCCCCGUUCACCCCCACAGCAUACCCCACCUCAGACCCCUCAAAGGUCUGACAUUUUUACUGCGUCACUGAUAAAAAGUAAAAAAGUAAAGUAUUUGUCUCUAAAGGUUUAUUCAUCCUCCCCUCUCCUCUUUCAGGUCCGCUGCUCAGGUCCGGGUCUGGAGCGUGCCAAGGUCGGGGAGAAGGGGGAGUUCAUCGUGGACUGUACCAACGCCGGCCCGGCUGACCUGACUAUUGAGAUCAUUUCUGACAGCGGCACAGAGGCUGAGGUCCACAUCCAGGACAACGGGGAUGGGACCUACACCAUCACUUACAUCCCCCUGUACCCUGGCUCCUACACUCUCACCAUCCGCUAUGGUGGCCAGGAUGUGCCAAACUUCCCUGCUCGACUCAACGUGGAGCCUGCCGUCGACCCUAGCGGAGUCAGAGUGUUUGGACCUGGAGUGGAGGGCAAAGGUAAAAAGAAGAAAAUUCAGAUACCUGAUAUAAAGAGUCUGAAACUGCAUGGUGCCCAGAUUUUUGACCACUAAGCUGUGUUUCCUGUGUUUCAGGUGUUUACCGUGAGGCAACCACAGACUUCACCGUGGACGCUCGUGCUCUCAAUCAGGCCGGAGGUGACCACAUCAAAACUCACAUCAGCAACCCAUCAGGCAGCCGUACGGACGCCCUGAUCACUGACCUCGGAGACGGGACCUACAGCGUGGAGUACACUCCCUACGAGGAGGGUGAGUGCAGACACAGUGAGCGGGGCUCAGAGGGGUUUGGGUUGACAGUCUGAAGCUCAUGUUGAUUGUUUUUAUCCCUCAGGUCCUCACAGUGUGGAGGUUUGCUAUGAUGGCUCUCCGGUGCCAAAGAGUCCGUUCCGAGUUGGCGUCACUGAAGGCUGUGAUCCGGCUCGAGUCCGAGUGCAUGGUCCUGGUCUCAAGGGUGGCAUCACCAACAAGCCCAACAAGUUCACAGUGGAGACCCGGUGAGUGAAAUAAAACAUGUGCGAUGAAGAGAUGAUGUGUUUCCUGCUUUUAUUUUGAACUUACAUGGUGUGGACUCUGCAGAGGAGCUGGUACUGGUGGUCUCGGUUUGGCCAUGGAGGGUCCAUCAGAGGCCAAAAUGUCCUGCACGGAUAACAAGGAUGGCAGCUGCAGCGUGGAGUACAUCCCAUACGAGCCUGGCAAAUACAACCUGAACAUCACCUAUGGAGGGCAGCCCAUCAAAGGUAACAGAUAAAAAGCAUUUUAAAAGAUUCAAUGAGCAGAAAAGACAAGUUCUCUGUUUGAGUAGGUUUUUCAAUCCUGUGAAAGUUUUCCUAAACUGAUCAGACAUAACAUCUGACAAGCGAAAAAUCAGUGCAGAAAUAAAGCUGCAGCCGGGAGGAAAAGAUGAACUUUAUCUCAUACUGUUGUCAUUAAAAAUAUGAUAUUGACCUUCCUUUCCCUGUACAUUGUACUAAACAGAUGAGGGACAAGAGAAUUUUCUCACUAUUUUACAACAAAAGCAUGAGAGACUGAACUGCAGCAUCACUCAUAAGUCACAUGCUUACAUUGUACUAAACACCUGAUCUUAUGCAGUCUCUCACUCAGUUAAAAAACAUUGUCUUGUUAUUCUUCCAAAUAGUGAAUAUGUGUAGAUCUCCUGGGCUGUGUGGUUUAAAUUUUUGUCUCACUCUCUGUCUGUGUCCUGCAGGUAGUCCAUUCUCUGUGCCAGUCAGUGACACUGUAGACAGCACCAAGGUCAAGUGCCAGGGUCCUGGUCUGAGCAACAACGUCAGGGCAAACAUCCCUCAGGCCUUCAUGGUGGACGCCUCCAAAGCUGGAGUCGCUCCGCUGCAGGUCCGAGUGCAAGGACCCAAAGGUAAGAUUUUUCUCUUUACAUGAUGAGAACCAAACACAUAUUUGUAAAAAAAAAACUAAAAAAAAAACCAUGGUGGAUUCUGGUUAGAGCAUGCACUGCAAACAGUAAAUUUUGACUUAUUACAGCCUAGAUAUCUCAUUUCCCAACACAUUGACCUGAGAAUUCCAGGUACUUAAUGAAGAGCAAAAACUCUGCACUUCAUCUUAUUUGCAAAAAAAGAUUUUUUUUUUUCAGUUUUAAAACCGUUUUUAAUAAUUAUCUUGUAAAUUCAAUCAUCUCCUCCCUGUGUGCAGGUGUGGUGGAGCCGGUGGAGGUGGUGGAUAACGGCGACCAGACUCACACAGUCAACUAUGUCCCCACCAGAGAGGGACCGUACUCCAUCAAUGUGCUGUAUGCAGAUGAGGAGAUACCACGCAGGUAACUCGCCUUAAACUCUUACAGCUAGAUAUUACCUCUUUCCACUUCCUGUUUGUGCUCACGCUUCUACUCUCCCUCCAUCAGCCCCUACAAGGUGAAGGUGCUCCCCACCCAUGAUGCAAGCAAAGUCAAAGCCAGUGGCCCCGGCCUGAACACCACUGGAGUCCCUGCCUCGCUGCCCGUCGAGUUCACCAUCGAUGCCAAGGACGCCGGCGAGGGCCUGCUGGCCGUGCAGAUCACUGUGCGUCCUCACAUCUGAUAAGAAUGAUAAAAACUGAACAUUUUUUAAACAAUUUCUCUCUUAAUCAUAACUUUCUCUGUGCAGGAUCCAGAGGGAAAGCCGAAGAAGGCAAACAUCCGAGACAACCACGACGGGACAUACCUGGUGUCGUAUGUGCCAGACAUGACAGGCAGAUACACCAUCCUCAUCAAGUAUGGAGGAGACGAGAUCCCGUACUCACCCUACAGGAUCAGAGCGCUGCCCACAGGAGACGCCAGCAAGUGUACCGUCACAGGUGUGUACAUGUGUUAGAUUUAAAGAUAAUUCAGCCCUGUGCAAAUUAAACAAAUGCCUUCAUACCAGUUCAGUUUUAAAAAAAGCCUGAUUGAACUGAUACAGACAGAAAAACAACCUGGGUGUAAUUCAUGAGCCAGUAAAUUUAUGUGUAGAUUUACACAGAAGUACUUUUCUUUUUUUUUCUUAGUACGUCUGUCAAGAUCAGAUCUACUGUAAUACUGAGUAAAGGCCCUGAUUAUGUGUACAUUUUGACUGAGAUCCACUGAGCAGCAGGAAAAAAGCUUGAAUGUGAUCAGGAACAUUUUCUUUAAAGCUUAAAACUGAAUUUAAGUUCAUAGAUAAUUUUCUGUCUUAUGAGGAAAAAGUUGACGUUUUCAUGUAGCUGCUGUGAAAUUUUCACGUGUUGUUGUGUACUUCACGCUGUGCUCCUCAGUUACACACCGCCCCCCCCUGCUGCACACACACACCCACACCCAGACACACACACACACACACCCUCCCUCCCUGCUUCACACUCCACCAUCACGGUUUGUUUCCAUCGAGUGUUCGGAGCACAGUUAUUGCCUCACACUCCCCCACCCCCACCUGACUGUCUUUAUUUGUCACUUUUUGUUUCCUCGCUCCGCUGCUUCUCACCGUUCCUCUUAUCAGUCUCAAUCGGCGGUCACGGUUUAGGUAAGCCUCCUGAUCGACUCUGACGCAGAGUUCAAACCUCUACUUUUGAUUUUCUGUCUGUCAGCAUGGAGGAUAGUAGCAGCAGCUCUCUGCAGGACAUCCAUUAUAUCUUUCUUUGACCUUCCUCCUCUCCUAGCUCCCUCUCCUCCUUAUCUCCUCUCUCCUAACUGUUUGUUUACCUAUUAUAUGUUUCCUGGACGGACUAAUGGACUAACAGAGUAGGUAGGAUGGCAUGGUGGACAUGGCUAAUCUAGCUUUUGUUUCUGUUAUUUGGAGCCUGUUUGACGAUAACAUGAGUAAUGGUUACAGUGUACAGUAGGAGGAAAUAACAGACUGAAGCUCGUGAAACCUUAACCUGCUCUGGUGGAUGUGGAAUGUGCAUGCUGAGUGUUUUUAUGGUGGGGGGAAGUUUGUGUUUCUGGAAGAUAAAAAAUCAUAAUAGCUCAUGUUUCUGCUGAUCCGUUCUCCUGAAGGCGCUGGCGUCGGCCCAACCAUCCAGAUCGGAGAGCAGACAGUCAUCACUGUUGACGCCAAGGCUGCUGGGAAAGGGAAGGUGACAUGCAGCGUGUGCACACCUGAGGGGGCGGAGCUUGACGUGGAUGUUGUUGAAAACGAAGAUGGCACAUUUGAUAUCUUCUACACGGCGCCACAGCCUGGCGAGUACGUCAUCUGUGUCCGCUUUGGAGGGGAGCACAUUCCCAACAGCCCUUUCCAGGUCACGGUGAGUCAUGUAACUUCAAACCGUUUAAACACGAGUUUUUGGCUUUGACAGCGAAGAUCUGCUCACAUUUACUUGAAGCGUCUCGAAAAGAGGAUUUGAGAGUUUUUAUUGUCACAUGCAAACCUCUGUUUGUCUGUUCGUCACUUAUGAAAGUCUUACUUUAGGCUGUGUUUAAUUACUGUAGGGGUUGCAGACGGUUCAAGAAAGCUACUCCUCUGCAUGGAAACUGCACAUUGCUGAACAGAGUAAAAGUUUUCAUUCUGGACCAAAGUUUAAACUCUUUUCUCUUCUAAACUUCUCAAAAACAGGCUGUCAACGAAUAUUUUAAAUUCGGAUAUAUAUUUGAAUAUUUAAAAAAAACAAGAUUUGAAUGUGAAAAUUAAUAUUCGAAUAUUAAAUAAACAGCAGGAAAAAACUGAAUAGGGAAAAAUGUGAAAAAAGAAAAAAAAAUUGGGCUGCUUUGCAAGUGAGCGCAUUGUAACAACGGGUCAGGGACAGGUCACAGGUCACAGGAGCUGCACCUGUAGUGAGACUUUCACAAAAUGCAGAGGGAGAUGGCAGGAUGCUUGGAGCCAAACUCGGAGAGAGUGGUCUGGACUCCAACGAACUUUAGAAGCUCUGUUUGGAAUUCUUUAGAUUUUGGGCAGACACUUUAGAUGGAAAAAAUGCUGAGCGAGACAAAGUUAUAUGCAAGCUGUGUAAGCUAGAUAUUUGAAUAUGAUCAAACCUAUGUCUUAUUUUUUGACAGCCCUAGUGUCUAAUGGAACAGUGUAACUUAAACUCUGAGUUUGAUAAUAUUUAUAGUAGACCAGCAUUUUAAUCAAUUGUCUCAUCAAAUAGAAUGAACCGCUAACAGCACAGUAUCAUCAGCGUAGUGAUUAACCUCACUCUCUUAAUGUCUAAAGUCCUUAUUUUGAAAGUUCAGGUCUGUAGAUUAUCUUAACAGCACUAAUAUUUUAAAGACAGCUCAAAUGUUUCCUUGAUUUGCUUAAAACCAGCUCUAAGAAGAAAGCCUGACUGGGCGGGCACUGACCGGUGAAUCCAGUAAACUGAGUAUACGUUAUCGAUCAAGCUUUCCUCACUGAGCUCAAACAUCCUGAUCCAGUUUUUCUCUCCUGAAGCUCCAUGACGGGAUCCCGAUGGCGCCACACAUCCCUGAAAUCACUCUGACUGCUGUUGUGUUCCUCUCCACCCCCCUUACAUCUCCAUUGACAACAUCUCCCUCCCCCUCCCCUUCCUCCCCCCUCAGGCACUGGAAGGAGCUCCAUCAGACCAGCUCAUGCAGCAGAGCCAAAUGCCCCAGUACUACGCUCAGCAGCCCUGGGUACCUAAAACCUCCAGCCUCUCAAACCCCUCUGCUCUGUUCAUGUUCAGCUUCCUCUAUCCCCCUCCUCUUCCUCCACGUCAUCAAAAAUGACCGCCCUCCAUCCUGCAUCUAUGUCUGCUGUAUCUCAUUGCAGGUUUUUCAUCUCUAAGGGGACUUUUCUUUCAUUUCACUCCCUCCAGCUCUUAAAAAAGUGAUUUUUGUGACACAUGGGCGAUGCAACGGAGCUGCACAAUAUCCUCAACUUAAAUUUAGUACCUAAAAGUGCUGCAGCUUUCAAGCACAAACUUUUUUGAAUCAUUGUGCAGCCCGUCUGUGCAGGCGGCUCCAUGUCACCUCGCUUCAGAGACAAAAGCAGCCAUUUUGAGAUCAUCAAUGUGGGAAUCAGCUGCUCCACAUUUUACAAAAUGGCGACCAUCUUCAUCCUUCAGUGUUUUUGUCCUCAUCUUCUUCGCAGUGUGUGUCGGUGUCAUCAUCCUGACCAUCAUCUUCAUCUCCAUCUCCAUCCAAUCAUCUCAUCUCUUGUUGUCUGUCGGUGUUUGGAAGCUUUAAUCUCGUCUGUCCUGCGCUGUGUUCGCUGUGUUACUGUCUAUCUCUUACUCUAUCUAACUUCUGACUUCUGUUUCUCAGGCGACAGACAGGCCAAUGGGGAUGAACGGUCUGGAUGUGGCGGGGCUGAGACCGUUCGACUUGGUCAUCCCGUUCACCAUCCAGAAAGGAGAGAUCACGGGUAAGAGAGAGAUACGCCAAAGAAAGUAGAAUCUUUAGACAUGACUUCAGAGACCCUCACUGUGUUUCUGUCUCUGCUGAAGGUGAGGUCAGGAUGCCGUCAGGUAAGGUGGCCAAGCCCGACAUCACAGACAACAAGGACGGCACUGUGACCGUCAAAUAUGCUCCAACUGAGGCCGGCCUGCACGAGAUGGACAUCAAAUAUGACGGCAUCCACAUCCCCGGUAGGUUUCAUGCUGAAGGGUUUUAAAAAAUUCAGAAAUACUCUCAUGAAUAUUGAAAUCCUCAAACUUGUGGACUUGUUCCGUUUUCGCUCACAGGAAGUCCUCUGCAGUUCUUCGUGGACUACAUGAACAGUGGCAACGUCAGCGCAUAUGGACCUGGUCUUAUUCACGGGACAGUCAACAAACCAGCUUUGUUCACCGUCAACACUAAAGAUGCUGGAGAGGGUAGGAAACAUCUACACGGCUGCUUUAACUAAAUAGUUUUCUCCUGCAUAAUUUGACAAAUUAAAGCUCUUUUUAACAUAAAGAAGCUAAAGUUUACUGGUGGACAUAUCUCAUUACUAAAAACUACUAGAAAGCAGAGAAGGAACAAACCUGUCCUUUUCUUUCAGGUGGUCUGUCUCUGGCCAUCGAGGGUCCCUCCAAAGCAGACAUCAGCUGUCUGGACAACCAGGAUGGGACAUGCACUGUGUCCUACCUGCCUGUUCUGCCUGGAGACUACAGCAUCCUGGUCAGAUACAAUGACAAACACAUCCCCGGCAGCCCCUUCUCUGCUCGCAUCACCGGUAAUAUAUAUUCUCUAACGUAAUAAUGAAGCAAUACGGCGAGCGAAAGUGAAACAUCAUGUGUGUUAUUUCCCCUCUCUUGUGUCCAGGUGACGACUCGAUGAGGAUGUCUCACCUGAAGGUGGGCUCAGCUGCAGACAUCCCUCUGGACAUCGGAGAACUCGACCUGAGUCAGCUGACCGCCUCCCUCACCACGCCAUCAGGCCACGAGGAGCCCUGCCUGCUGAAGAUGCUGCGUAACGGACUCGUUGGUGCGUGUGUGUCUAAACCCUGAGCUUUUUUAUCUUCAUCAUCCUCGUUUUAACCUUCUCCUCAACCUCUUCCUCUCUGUGUGCCGGUCACAGGUAUCUCAUUCGUUCCUAAGGAAAUCGGAGAGCACCUGGUGAACAUCAAGAAGAACGGGCGCCACAUCCCCAGCAGUCCCAUCUCUGUUAUGAUCAGCCAAUCAGAGAUCGGUGAUGCCAGCCGUGUGCGUGUGAGUGGGAAGGGCCUGAGCGAGGCACGGACCUUCGAGCCUGCCGAGUUCAUCAUCGACACACGUGAAGCAGGUGAGAGUAACACAUCUCAGUCAUGUUUGACUUUACAGCCAUUCAAAUUUUAGUCGUAACACCGGUGUUGCGUUUAUUUUACUUGCAGGGUACGGAGGUCUGAGUCUGUCCAUCGAGGGUCCCAGCAAGGUGGACAUCAACACAGAAGACCAGGAGGACGGCACCUGUAAGGUCACCUACUGCCCAACCGAACCCGGAAACUACAUCAUCAACAUCAAAUUCGCUGAUCAACACGUCCCAGGUGUGACCUUAAAUAAGUCAUCACAGAACACAGCACCAUGUUCAUGAAACUGAACCAGAGCUUUAAUCACAUGUACCUGUAUGUGUGUGUGUUUGUGUGUGUGUGCACAUGCAGGGAGUGCGUUCACUGUGAAGGUGACUGGUGAGGGCAGGAUGAAGGAGAGCAUCACCAGGAAGAGGAGAGCACCGUCAGUUGCCAACGUGGGCAGUCAGUGUGACCUCAGCCUGAAGAUCCCAGGUGAGCUGGACAGGAAGUGAUCAUGUUAACAGAGCUGUACCUGAAAAUGAACCAAAAUAAGAAAGUUUGACUCAUUUUUAAGAAGAACAUGAAAUUAUCAGAUUUUAGCUCCUGAAACAUGAUUUUUUUUUAUUUCUCUUGUCUUAGAGAGCUGAUUAUUUUCAAUUUAUGACAUUUAUGUCAUUGAUCAACAUCUUCUGCAUUUUCUGAUAUUUUAUUGAAAACACAUACGAUGGCCGUCAAGGUCUAUGUUUAUGAUUGUGGAUAAAGAGUCCAGAGAACACUUCAGAAAACACUUUUUUAAACGUAUUUUAUUUCAUGAAACGUUUUGCUCUUUGAACAUUUUCACUGUUAGAAGCAGUUUUUAGGUUAAAGGUGUAAAACAUUAGGAAGAGAGUAUUUUUAUGAAACUGUGUCAAAUAUUUGAGCAUCACACAAAAACUUUUGCAGUCUUGUCUUGUAUCUGUAUGUCUGUGAUGAUUCAUUCUUCUGUCCGUGUCCUCAGAGAUCUGCAUCGCCGACAUGACGGCUCAGGUGACAAGUCCAUCUGGUCAGAUCCACAAAGCCGACAUCAUGGAGGGAGAGAACAACACCUACUGCAUCCGAUUCGUUCCCACAGAGACCGGCGUGCACACCGUGUGUGUGAAAUAUAAUGGCAUGCAUGUGCCCGGCAGCCCCUUCCAGUUCACUGUGGGCCCGCUGGGAGAGGGAGGGGCCCACAAGGUCCGAGCUGGAGGACCGGGUCUGGAGAGAGCUGAGGCUGGAGUCCCAGGUGAACUAGAAUAGAUUAUUAAUGUGUGAUUAUAUAUAAUUUUACUGAGUGAAACUGACUCUGCUGUGGCCCCUGUGCAGCUGAGUUCAGUAUUUGGACCAGAGAGGCUGGAGCCGGUGGUCUCAGCAUCGCCGUGGAGGGACCAAGCAAGGCUGAGAUCGCCUUUGAGGACCGCAAAGAUGGCUCUAGUGGAGUGUCGUACAUCGUGCAGGAGCCGGGUGAGAGGAGCGGCACACAGAUGAUAAAACAUGAAAACUAAACACACGCUGCAGCCUUUUUAACAUCUGUCCUGUUUUUUAUGGUUUUCCUCUCAAAGUUUUUUUUUGUUGUUGUUGUAUCUCUAUGAGGACACGUGGUCUGUAAAUGUGUUUCGGGGCUCUGUCUGUUUUUGUAUUUCUGAGACACUUUCUGAGAUUUUCUGACUUUAAAUUCAUCCUGUAGGAGACUACGAGGUGUCGAUUCGUUUCAACGAAGAGCAUAUCCCUGACAGCCCCUUCAUUGUCCCUGUGGCCUCGCCGUCAGAUGAUGCACGCCGUCUUACUGUUGCCAGUCUUCAGGUGAGGCUCUGAGACACACACACAUCCGUGUGCACACACUCCAGCCCACAGUUCACUGCCUACAGUGCAGCAGCAGAUCAGAGUCUUAUUUCUGUAAGUCAGAAAGCUUGAACAAGUUUAUCAAAGUUUUUUAGUUUUACCCAGAAUCAAAUAUUUCUGAAACAAUGUGCUCCAGUCAGGGUUACUCUUCAGUUUUAGGUUGAAAACAGAGUGUAGGAAUUUAUUAGUUUAUUGAAACCUUCUUAGAAUUAAACAAAAAGUUAAAUUUCUCUGAAAAUUUUAUCAUGAAUAAUUUUAUUGAAACAACCAAAAAGGAUGAUUCUCAGUAAAAACACUAAAGUACAGGUGUAGGAUCAUAAUCAGCUGCUGCUGCAUUGUGAGGCUGUGCAAGGGCUUCUGGGAUACUCCAGGACUGUGUGUGUUUCUCGUGCCUCAUGCUAAAGGCUCUCAACAGCCUCCCUAAAGUCUGACGGGGCGCUAAAGGGUUAAAGAGGUCUGACCUGGGCUGUUUUUCCUCUGCCUCUGAUCACUCUCUCACUGAAACACUCAUCAUGAAAAGAAAAACUAUUAUUGAUAAUAUCUAAUAAUCAAAGAUGACUCACUGUAGUUACACAUCCACAUACAGACGAGUCUCCUCACCUGCAGACCCUCUCACACACUCAGAUUCACCAAAGAGAAUCACUUUUUCUCCCCCCUUUUGUUCAGCUUCUGGUUCAUAAAGGAGAGUUUUAGGGCCAGAAAUGAGGAGAAAAUGAGAGAGGGUACUUUUUAAUAUUUUUUAAAAUUUUCCUGCUCUCAUUUCUUUCUCAUAUUUUAUUCUUAAAACAAAAAAGCAGUGUAUAACUUAUUAACACAUGUCAGGGUUAUGAACAUUUAUUCCUCUCUCAGUCAGUCAUUUUUACUCUGAAAACAAAAAGGCAUCUUUCCAUCUUAUCUAUACAACCACUUUGUGUAAAGUUUCCCACUAGAUCACUGCAUUACGUAGUGGACCUUUAAAAACUGCAUCACUGCAAAUUCCACAAAAUCAAUCUUCCCAGUUCAAAUUCGAUGAAGCAUUUGGUGACAUUUGACGCUGGAUGGCUUCUUCUGACUGAACUUGUGCUCCAGGAGAUUUGUAGUCAUACCUGAGCGCUUCAAACCCGGCUCUAACACUCUCCCUCAGCUUCACAAACACACACCUGCUAUCUCUGCUCACAGCCCUCCUCUUUAGCCCUGUUAGCGACCUCCAGGUAAGAUGAAUAAAAUCCUCAGUGAUCUGAGUUUGAUGCUGUUUAAGAGUUUGCAGACAGCUCUGGUAAACCUGUGCAGUGACUCAGGGGUGUGACAUUAUGGAGACAGUGUUAAGUUUGUGAGUCUGUGUUGUCGAGCAGGAGUCGGGUCUAAAGGUGAAUCAUCCGGCAUCGUUCGCCGUCAGCCUCAACGGAGCGAAAGGCGUGAUCGACGCAAAGGUGCACAGCCCGUCAGGAGCUCUGGAGGAGUGCUGCGUCACCGAGAUUGACCAAGGUAACACCAGGACGAAGCACAAACCCGCACAAAGUCAGACUGAGAUGUAUGGAAGAGUGUGAAGUGUGUGAGGACGCAUGAAGAUGUUUCCUCUCCCGUGUGUGUGUGUGUGUGUGAACAGAUAAGUACGCCGUGCGGUUCAUCCCCAGAGAGAACGGACUCUAUCUGAUCGAUGUGAAGUUUAAUGGCAGUCACAUCCCUGGUAGUCCGUUUAAGAUCCGAGUCGGAGAGACGGGCCAGGCCGGAGACCCCGGAAUGGUGUCAGCCUAUGGACCAGGACUGGAGGGAGGAACCACAGGUGACACACUCACCUCAGCUGUGCAGGACAAAGUGAAACAGAAUGUCAGUUUAGCUUUAUUCCUCACCAAACUGCCCUCUUUUGUCUCUUUUAGGCACUGCAUGUGAGUUUGUGGUGAACACGAGUAACGCCGGCCCCGGAGCCUUAGCUGUGACCAUUGAUGGGCCCUCAAAGGUGAAGAUGGACUGUGUGGAGUGUCCUGAGGGCUACAGGGUCACUUACACCCCCAUGGCUCCUGGAAACUAUCUCAUUUCCAUCAAAUAUGGUGGUCCUUAUCACAUCGUGGGCAGCCCAUUCAAAGCCAGAAUCACAGGUGAGCAGAGCUUUGAGUUUCUGCUGAUAUCAUGUCAGUAAACAGAUUGAAACCUUAAUAACAACUCCUCCCUCCAUCCUCCAGGCUCUAAGCUGGUGGCCAGCCACAGUAUGCACGAAACCUCCUCAGUCAUGGUCGAUCCAGUGACCCGCGCCAUCAGCUGUUCUCAGGCGGGAGCUCCUGUCCAAUCAGAUGCCAGUAAGGUGGUGGCGAAGGGUGCGGGUCUGACGAAGGGCUUCAUUGGUCAGAAGAACAGCUUCAGUGUCGACUGCAGCAAAGCAGGUGAGUGUGCAUGAAAGAAACGGGACAGAGUGUUAAAUGAAAAGAGUUUAUUACAGCACAAAAACAAGAAUUUGAAAAGAAGACAGAAACAGAGGUUCGUUUCAAGUCUGCAGAAACUACAGAGCGACAUCGCUGCGUCUGAAGUUAUUUUUUUACAUAAUUUUGGCUGUUUACUCAAUGUAAAUGUAAAAACAUUCAGAGAAAUUGGAGAAAUCUCUGUUCAAAAGGGGCAAAGACAAAAUCCAAGACUGAAUGGUUAAAAAACAGGCAGGAAUCUGAAGUGGAAAUCCCUGCAUGGACUCAAAAAACAUUGUCUGUGAACACAGCUGAUCACCGCAUCAACAAAUACAGAAUGAAACUGUACAAUGUAAAAAGGAAACAGUGCAUAAACGUGAUCUAGAAACUGUGAUUUUAAAACAUGCUGGGAGUGAGUUAGGGAGGCUAGAGCUGGUGUAAUCUGGUCACUUUUCUUGGUUCUGGCGUGUAUUGAAGUUAUUUCCUCCUAUGGUCUACAGGUCGUAACAUGCUCCUGGUCGGGGUGGACGGUCCUAAAGUCCCCUGUGAGGAGAUCCUGGUCAAACAUUUGGGUAACCGCCUCUACAACGUGAGCUACCAGCUGAAAGAGAAGGGAGAGUACAUCCUGGUGGUGAAGUGGGGCGACGAACACAUCCCCGGCAGCCCCUACCACAUCAGCGUCUGAACCCCUCUGACCCCUCCCCCCGCUCCACAAUCAGAGCCUUAAACCACUGUUAGUCUAACCCAGCAUUGUUUACAGCUCCAGCCUCCCAUUACACACAUUUAGAUUUCUGAUUUCUUUAUUUAACCAACAACCAGCUGACAUCUUUAAUCCAGAAUCUUCCAAAGAUAAACUCUGAUUAUUCCUCUCUUUACGGUCAUUUCUCCACCUUUCAUUCUCCACCUGUCAGUUUGUUUAGGGAGGAAAAAGAUGCACCUUUUAUUACUGUAAGUCAGCAGUCAGAUGUGCCUUCAUUUCCAGUCAUGGACGUUUAGAUUUAUGUUGAUUGUUAUCUUAGCUUAGAUUAGAUUAGUGUAGCAGCAGCAGGUUUGAGCCCAGCUUUGAUGGAAGGUUUCUGUUUACACUGGAGGAGCUUCUCUCACAUUAACAAUAACUCUGAUUCAGUUUAAAAUGAUACAAAGCAAAGGGUGACGGCCGUAAAAGCGCCUAAAAGUUCAGGAGGUCAGUAUGUUAGAGACCUUUAACUGUCAUGUGACUGUCUUGUUUCUUCUAACAGCAGCUCCAGCGUGAGGUGUUCCUGAUGCUCUUUAGAAAAUAACCUGAAGUUUACCUGCUGCUAGUGUGAUCCAGAUUUAGACACUGCUGUUCUUAGUUAAUCAGAGACAGAACGAUGAGUGUGCAGACGGACAACGACACAUUUCACAGCAGCUUCCUCACAUUAUCUCUUCACUGCUGCCGUGUGCUAACGUGUGAAUCCAACAUGUGAAACAGACGGCGUGUGAUUCAGAUCCGCAUCCACACGCCACGCUGUGUGUUCUCACCUUCAACAAGAGUCAGUAACAAAUUUAAAAAGGGAAGUUUCCGGUCAGAGAGGCUGAGGGUGAUGCUGUCACGUCCUGAAAACAUGAUGAUGAUGAUGAUGACCAAAAACAGGAGAACUGAUGUUGCUUUGUUUUCUUCUCUGUUUUGUAUCGCACCCUCUUCACCCCUCCCCCUUCCUCCAGCUCGCUUUGUGCCUGAACUAUCUUUCAGAACAAAAAAAUGAACCUUGUCUUAAAUAAAAAGGCUUUAAAGUGUUUGUAAGACAGUAUUUUGAUACACAAUAAAGUUGUCUAAGUAUUUUUCUGUCAAAAGAA